CUUUAGAGUAAAAGGCAGUGUUGUCAAUCUCUACAAGACACCAGUUAAGCUGGACAUAUGCGCUGUGUGAAUAGGGUUGGUAACUUUGCCCCACAGCCCUUGGGUACUGCCAUCAUCUGUAGAUCUCAUUAAAGGUAAGAACUAUAGUGAUUGGAACAUGUGAAGGUUUGGCUAUAGCAACAGUUUCUUUUAUCUUGCUGUGACUUUCAGAAACUACACAUAAAAUGUAUUUAUGCAGUGUUUAGCCUUCAUCAGUGAGGUGCUUUAGUAGUACACACGUUAGAGAAAUAUCUAUGUAUAUACACAUAAGUGUUAUAAGUUAACCUAGGCGUGUGUUUAGCAAUGCCAAGAUCAUAAUGUGUGUAUUUAUUUACUUAUUUAUUGUUUGGUUACUUGACUUUGUGUAUAUACGUUUUUGUGUGUGUGUGUAUAUGUGUAUUUUUCUUUUUUUUAAUGUAUACAAGUGUGUAACUUUUAAACAUUUACACUAACCUGCAUAACAAAAUCUUUGCGAGUAUAUAUAUAUAUAUAUAUAUAUAUAUAUAUAUAUAUAUGUGUGUGUGUGUAUGGAUGUAUAUGUAUAUAUACACACGCACAUGUAUGUAUAAAGAUAAUCUAGAAUAUGUAUAUUUAAUCAUGUUUGUAGUUAUAGUCACAAUGAAUGUUGUGCUUACUGCUAUUCAAUUUUUAAUCCAUGCGAAUGAUUCUGCGUGCAUUUCUACAAAUAGGAGAUAUACGUAUGUAAAUAUAUUCACACUACAUAUACAUUUACAUAUACAUGUAUGUAUAUAUAUAUAUAUAUAUAUGUACAUACAUAUAUAUACACAUAUACAAUAUUUAUUUAUCUGUGUGUCUAUAUACAUACAUACAUGCAUACAUACAGAUAGAUAUACAUAUACACAUCUAAACACACACACACACAACAAUGUUUAUAUGCCAAUACACUAUUACGAAGUAGGAUUAUAAAAUAAAAAAACAUGCAUGCUUUAGACCUGAUGCAUAAAAUAUAAAUAUUGAAAUAUUACUGAAUAGAUAACAUAAUAAUACGGAGGUGCAGCUAGCUGAUUUUUGCCAAUAAAUAAUGAUAAUAUUUUAGUAAUUUUAGUAUACCUUUUCUCGAGUAAUAGGUGUCAGUCUGGAUGCCCGCAAUCCCUUCACCUGUGAAUAGAAGGCUAGAUUAUCCAGCAGUUUGUUUUUCUUACAAUUCUGUCAGUUUACAGAACAAUUUGGAGUCGAGUUCCAUGUUGCUGUACCCAAGGAUGUGGCGAGUUCUAUCUUUGACCCAAUAUGGUGGUUUUCUCUGAAGCUUUAGAUCUGCCAAUAAAGAGAUGUAAUUCCUGGUUAUAGUUUGUAGACCCGCACACCCCAUUCCUGCGCUUCACCUGAGCCUUUGUACUGCCUUACAAUAAGUGCGUUUUACACGCAGGGGAGCAGAUCGUCCUUGGGAGGAAAAAUUAUCUUUGAGGUGUAAGAAGACACUUAAAUGCAUAACCAACAAGCGUUUAAAGGGUUAACCAACCUUGCCUUGCGUCUGGCACAGCACUGGUAUAACUACACUGGCACAGGACAUCUAAUAUUGAAACUGAUUUUUAUUUACAUCAAACAUUGUAUUUACCUGUAAUGGUGUAAUCAUAAUGUUUCAUUUUUGUGUUAAAAUAUCUCAUUCUCAACUAUAGUGAAAUAUACACGUGUUGCACACAUAGAGAAUAUUGCACUGAGCCCAUGUAGGUUACAAUAGUGGAAAUUGAGUGAAUAGGUAAAUUCUGUGAAUGAGUUUAGCAAAUCUAGAUUGGUGAAUUUGACCUUGUGUAAGAUAAUAUUACAUUGUUACAUGUGCCAUAGACAUCCAUUUAAAGGCUUAUCAAUAGUAUACACUGUUGCAAUCUGUUUCUAUUCAGAAUGGAGAGGGGUCUGUUUACCUUGAGCUGACCUGUUCAACUUUAACCCUCAAAAUAAUACAUUUGACAAAAUGGAAAAGGAGAAAGACAGGGGAAGAGGGAGAGAGAGAGGCAAGUCUAGGAGUCCCAGAUAAAACCAAUCUCCUCUGUCUGUGACGGUUUGAUUAUUUUAUUGUAGCCGGACCUGCCUCGCUGUAUACAUUGCACCUUCAACUUAAAUCGUUAGAGAAUUCCUAGGGUUGACAUAUCUAUUUAUACAUCGUUUGAUCUCUCCAUAUUGCAGAUAGCAGCGUACACCAAGGAGGGAGAGAAAGGGUGUGUGUUGGGGGGAAAGGGGAUAUUCUGCACUUAAACAUUUAUACAAUGAUCAAAAUAUAGAGAUAUAAAAUUAUUUUUUUUUUUAAUUAAAAAUCAUUUCCAAGGCCGAGAUACGCAGUGAGAUGUUUCUGGUUUGUUAUGGUGGGAUUUUGAAGAGGGUGAUCGGGGUUUUUUAGCGAGAAAUCCUUAUAGUUACUGGAUGCACAGAGUCCCCUGGCAGUGGAAGGGUUAAUGGAGGCAGGGGGUAGGCGGAAUUAGAUGUGGAAGGCGCAUGGUUAGAAGGGCAUGGCAGAGCAAUGGAUGAGGAGAUCUGGAGAUAUGUGAGUGUGAGUGGAGGGGAUUCCUAGUGGCAGUGGGGCAGUGAGUGGCUCUGGUUGGAUAGUAGAAGCACUUCCAGUGUGUGCCCCACUCACUCCCCUCCCCAUCAUUACACUACGCUCUGUGCAACAGAACAGCUUGUAUUUCUCUCUAUCCAACUCACACUGCCCUCCAGAGAGAGACACACAGAAAGGAGAGACAGGAGGAGAGUGCAGGGAUCCAGCAGCCAUCACACAUCACAACGCUGCCCUCUCCAUAACCCUAUCUCCAGCAACUUGUCCCCAUCUCUGGGUGGAAGAAGAUCCCCUCCAUGGUAUUGAUAAGGGCUGGAUUUAUCUCUGUCCCUGUGUCUCUGGCAGGCUGAGUGUUUGCAGGGAGAGAUCCUGUGAGCUCGGGAUGAGAUCCGAAGCUUUUCUUGCUCUCACAUAGCGGUAUGAGGAAGAUCUGUCUCUCCACCCCGCUCAUCUCCCUCUAUCUGCCUGUGAUUGCUUGAUAGACUGCGAUAAGGAUUGUGCCGUCAUUCCAUGGAAGCCAUCCAGCCUGGGCCAUCAUUCCUUUGGAACGCUCAGGAUUGAGCACAUUCUUAUUACUACAGGAACCAACACGGGCCUUUCCAAGACAGCACAGACAGCAGGGCAGGCACAGGUAUUGUUCUACACUUAACCCCCAAAUCAUAGCACAGCUCUAGGACAGCUCGGGGGCUGCUGGGCUCCAGCCCUCACUAGCCAUUAGCCAGGCAGGGGCUGUAGCAGGGUGUUUGACUGAAAUAUCACUUUAUUUGUAUUUAUUGUUUUUGUGGUUAAGGUUUAUUUUUGUGUGUGGAUGAGAGGGCUUGUUUAAAAAGCAAUUGCCAUUAUUUCUAUUUUUUUAUACAGAGGCCUCUUUUGAGAAGUUAGGCUGCAACAUAGAAAUAUGUUUUGCAAAUUACUUGUAUAAUGUAUAUGCAUUGCUAUAUUUUAUAUUAUACCAAUUUGUUUUAUAAUGAUAUUUACAUAUAUAUAUAUAUAUAUAUAUAUAUAUAUAUAUAUAUCUCAUUGGCAAGGCACGUGACUGGUGGCUGCAUGUGUUAAAUAUUGUAAUUUAUAGAAUAUAGAUUGAUUAUCUAUCUAUCUGUCUAUCUGUCUAUCUAUCUAUCUAUCUAUCUAGUAGAUUGUAUAUAUGUGUGUGUGUGUGUAUAUAUAUAUAUAUAUAUAUAUAUAUAUACAUACAUACAUGUGAGGGGGGUAAACAUAUAAUCUAUACUAUUGAUAUAAUUACGAAUAUAUUAUAUGUAUAUGUAAGUAUUCACAUAAAUCCACAAUGUAUAUGCACGCACGUGAAUGAUACUAUUUUUGUACAUAAACACAGUUUGUAUAUACAUUGUAUUUAUUUGUCCAUGUACAUGCUCAUGUAUCAAGACAUUUCAUUAUACAUAGUGAGCACAUUUUAUUGUACACUGGAAACAAUAAUAAAAAUAAUACGCAAUAUUUUCUGUUGCUGUAGGUUAGGCUACUAAUUUAGGUGAAUGGCCUGUAAUAAUCCGAGGGUCAGUGGAGCAAUGUCCAGGUCUUUUGUUGCUGUGCACCUGUAGGAUAACAGACCAUAAGUCUUGUCACUUGCAAACCCAGUAUACGCAGAAUGUAAAUAUUACUUAUUGUACAAGAGAACAAAAUCUUUUACAGCACAUGAUUGAAUUAAAAUAAACUAUAACCACCAUCAUAAGCAACAACAGAACAUCCUUAGAUAUUUUAUUUUUUAUUGGUUUUGCUUUAAAGCAUCUUGCAGAUUUUUUUUUCAUUAUAUUUGUAUAUAUUAUUUUAGAGUUUCACUUUACUUCAAACUAGUAAAUAAACCCCAUGCGUAUAGAAAAACGUAUUAACAAAUGUAUAUAUAUGUUCGACAGACAUAUGUAGAGGUGCAUGAAUAUACAAAUUUGUUUAAACAAAUAUAGACUCAAACACAUAAGUAUACAAGUAUAUGUGUAGGCAUGUAUACACAUAUAUAUGUACACAAUGCCCACAUAAAAAAAUAAUAAUUAUAUAUAUAUAUAACAAGGGGUUGGGUGUAUUGUGUAUAUAUAUAUAUAUAUAUAUUUAAAAGAAAAUUUUUAACAGGUCUAUAAAUAUAUAUAUAUAUAUAUAUAUCACUCAUUUAUUUCAUACAUAUAUACAUUAUAUUUUAUUAUUGUUAUUAUUUUUAUUACUGUUGUUACUAUUAUUAUAUAGGGACACAUUUGAUUUUCUUAGAGAGUACAAUAGUUUUUUGUUAGGUGUUUCUUUUUAAAUGUAUUUAACAAGUAUUUAUCUUUUUUUUUCUCUAGUUAAUCAGUAGUGAAUUAUAAACAACAACAAAAACAAUUCUUAGAGGUCUGUCUUUUUUCAAGCAUUUAUAGUAAAAUCCACGUGUUUCCAUGUGUAGUGGAAAAGGACCUAUGUAGACAUUUGAACUGUCCAGUCACAUAAAGCUUCCUGCAGGAAUGCUAGCUAUCUAUACAGGGGCUGAUUGGGAGCAGCAUUAGUUGGGAACGAUUUGGGAUUAAUUAGAAGUCAUUGUGAAUGCAUAUACAGUAGAAAAUGCCAGACACAAUAUGUGAUAGGCUCCCAACCCUGUCCCACUGCUUCCAAAAUUGUCUUAUCUUUAUUAGACUGUUCAGGGAGAAGGACACAAUUCUGGCAUCAUUAGAAGCAGCAAUAAAUAAAGGAAGAUCGAUUAUAUAUAAUUAUAUAUCACACAUGCACAUACCAUUGUGUGCGCGCGCAUGUGUGUGUGUAUAUGUGUGUGUGUGUGUCUGUGUAUAUGUGUUUAUUUAAAUAGCUAAACACAUUGUAAAAUAAUAUAUGUAUAUACACAUAUUUCACAUCUUUCUAGCACUUUCUGCUUCAUAGAACAUUAAAUCUGAACUUUUAUUUGUGAUUGGCCUGUUUACUUUCUCUUUCUGGGCCUGUUUGGGUUUCCUCUAUUCAGAUAAAUUUUUCCCGAGCUGACAUGAUUUUCUAUGAGGUUGUGACCGUCCUAUAGACAGAGUGAUUGACACUUUAUUAGUGAGUGGGGUGGGAGACACAAUGCAUGGCUUACUAGGAGUGACAGACACAUGUCUACUCUACAUAGGGAUAAUCAUACAGCGCUCAGCGCCGAGUACCCUGUCAUACAGACUUUUACCUUAGUUAGAGCUCAGGGCUAGUUACAGAAUGUGGGACAGACAGACAGUAUACAGAAGGUCUCUGCGUGCACUGAAUCCCACACAGAGCAUACCAUGUGUACACAGAGCGCUAUGUAACCUCCAGCUCUCUCAGUGCAGGGCUCCUCUGUAACAUGGCGGACACGGAGGAGGCAUAUGGGAUGCCUGAUACCCCAGUGGAACCAGACCCCAAAGAACUGCAGUGUGACCCCAAACAGGACAGCCAGCUGGGGGGCACCAGCAAGACCCCCACCUCGCCACAGGCUGCCUUUACUCAGCAGGUAAGAGAAAAACAUCAAGCACACACACACAAACAUACGGCAAACAAUAACACACACACACACACACACACAAACAUACAGCAAGCAACUGCACACACAAACCUACAUACAUCAAGUAACUGCACACAAACAUACAGAAAGCAACUGCACACACACAUACAUACAUACAUACAUACAGCAAGCAACUGCACACAAACAUACAACAAGCAACUGCACACUCAGACAAACAUACAGCAAGUAACUGCACACAGACACAGAGUGACACAUAUAGAAUAGGGACACUAUAUAUGCAGGGUUAUUUAAUUCAAGGUGGAUUCAAAGUGAAUUUCAAAUUUAAGGCCAGAGUAGCUGAAUGGAAAGCACAGCUGAUUUAGAGAAUGUUUCCAGUUCGGCUAUUUUGACCUUAAAUUCGAAACUCACUUUGAAUUCACCUUUGUAUUCUCACUGUAGUGCAUAAUCCUGAUAGAUAGAUAGAUAGAUAGAUGACAAUAAAGUAAAAACAUAUACACGGAGUAUAUGUUUUUACUUUAUGUUACUUCUAAAUAUAUACAAACACAAAAUCUAUAUAUUAAAUCUUCAUAUAGGCAGCCACUAGUUUCCUGUAGCAGGGCUAACAAUAUACAUGCACUUUAGCUAUAUACAAUAUAGAAAACAUUUAUACACAUGUACAAAUAAAACAUAUACCAGAUAUAAGUAUGCUAUAUUCAUGGUCUAGAACGAUACCACGUAUACCUAACAUAUAUAUAUUUAUUAUUUUUUAAAACAUACACGCGCUGUAUCUUAACACUAGAAAUACAGAUAGCAUAGUCAAGCCUUGAUAUUAAUAUACUAUGUAUAUACACUAGUUCUAGAUAUACAUAUGUGCAUGUACUAUGAGUAAAGGCAUAUCUAUAUACAAGUUUAUAUACGUACAAUAAAUAAACAAACAUAUAGUUGAUCCAGUGCUGAUAUAUAAGGACUAUAUCGUGGCUAUACACAUAUUCAUUAAUUAUAAAGUACAUCUGUCUGUUCAAGUCUUGACUGAGCUGAUCGUCCUAAAAACAAUAGUUUAAGUUUCGUUUUCUAAGCUAGUUUUGAAGUUUAUAAAUGAAGGAUCAUAUCACAUAUGGUUUUUAUAGGCAAGCCGUAAGUAAUGUAUUAAGACUUCCCACAUUUUUGGCGAGGAAAAUAGAGUGGCAAUUAUAUGAUAAAAAAAACUUCUUAUUAGUGGUAUUUUCACUGAGCUAUAGACAGCCCUUAGGAUAUUUUUAAGUAUCGAUGCAGUGCAUAAAAUGAUGUUACUGAACUGUCGUUAGGGAAAAAACAAGAUAGUCAUGUUCCAUAAAACUUUGUGAUUUUUAACUCCUAUAAUGUUCUUCUAUACUUUCUAUCUAGUUUGUUGCAGUUCGAACCUUUGUAGCUGUAUCUAAUAUCUCUGUUUUCGUUCGGUAGUAUUUAUCCUGUUAGGCGAUGCACAAAUGUUAUUCUUCUUUGCAACAUUAAUUACAAAGUAUAAAGACAUACAAUUAACUGAAUCGUGUUUUUUUUUUUUUUGUACUAGUGCACUUUAAUGUAUAUGGUAACAAUUAAAGCUCACAACCCUGUAUUAAAAAAAUGAAUUUAUUAUAAACUUUUGUGGUAUAGCUCCUAUACAGUUAAUUGUUGACACUUGAGAGAUGGUUUGCACAAUUUAGUGAUCACGUUAAGCAAUCCCCCACUUCAUUUUAUCCAACACUGGUAUUUUGGGGGGAAAUUGUGACAUUCAUUUCUCAUCUCACUGUUUAGUGAAUCCACUACUUGAUUUUCAAAGCAUCGAAAGGCAUCUCUCUGUAAUGUGGUCACUUUUAUAUUAUCAUAAUAUUAUAUUUAAUUGUAUUCUUAUUUUGAAAAUUAUGUUAUUCAAUAUUAUAUUUAGUACUUCUUUUUAAAAAAAAAAUAUAUUUUAUUCUUAUGUAACCAAUUCAACACUCACACAGAAAAACUCUUAAAAUCACAGCCUGGGCCGUACCUUUCAUGUUAUAUUGAUAUGAAAUGGGACUAAAAGAGGUUUAUUGUCAGAAGGAAAUUAAAUCCUGAAUAUAUAUUUUUUGUACUCAGAAAUUUCAGUUAAAUUAAAACUAAGGUAAUGUUAAACUUUUUCUACAAGUUAUAUAAAUUCUAUAUCUUAAACAUGGCAACACAGCACAAGAAAAAACAAUAUUUUAUUAUUAUUAUUGAUUAUUAUAAUAAUAAUUAUUAUAACUAUUAUAAUAAUAGUAAUAAUAAUUAUUAUUAUUAUUAAUAAUAAGAAGAAGAACAACAACACAUAUCCUUCUAUGAAAAUAUAUUUGAAAACCAAACACAUUAAAAACAACACAAUUCUAUUAAUUUCCCCCCCAGAAUUUCUAUCUGUGGUUAUUAUACUCUAUGUUAUAUUUGUAUUAUUCUAUCGUUGAGAGUGUAAUAACAAGCACACCCCUCUUUUCCUAGGGCAUGGAAGGUAUUAAGGUGUUUCUGCACGAGAGGGAGCUGUGGAUGAAAUUUCACGAAGUUGGCACCGAAAUGAUAAUUACUAAGGCUGGACGGUAAGAGAAUAGCAAACGUUCGCGAGUUCUGAGAGCGGGAUCUGGGGAGUUCAUUCUGUUCAAAUCCUUAAUUAAUCUCACGUCCUAGCCAAUUAUUUUGUUCAUUAAACUGGCUGUCAGGAUAUAAUAAAAAACAGGGCUAGCUCACAAGGGUCUUUCAUAUUCCUUACUGUAACUGUAAAAAUGUCCCAGGCUGCGAUCCAGUCAGGGGAAUGUUUGUAGAAAAGGAUCAGAGGGAAAGAGGAUGAAAUGAAUGAAAGAGCAGGGAAACAUGAAUGAUAUCGACAGGAUAUAUUUUUAUUUAGAAAAUAAACUUUUGCCUGUGAGUGUGACUGACAGACAGACAGACAGGCUGAACCAGUGACGGGAGAGGGGGGUUAAAACGGGGGAUCGGCGACUGUAAUAGACCUCUAUUGGUGGGGUAAAGAUUUUAAAGAUUUCUUUAAAAAGAACAAAGGUUUCAGGAGAAAAUUAAGGAAAACGAAAGAAAGAAAGAAUCACAGAGAACAAAGAAAAAAAAAUGAACCAAAGUCCAGAUAACAAGAAAACAAAAAAAUAAAUAAACAAGUCACAUAAAAGUAAGAAGACACUAAACACUCUGCAAAAUUAAAUGACAAAAUAUUGGAGGAAAAGUGAAUGAGAAUAUACUAGAACAUACACAGUAACGAAUAUACAGAGAGGAGGUUUCAGAGGGCAAGGAGUACAAUAAAGGGCUAAGGAGACCAGGAAUAGAGCAAUCAGAGAUCAAUGAGCCAUUACUCUCUGUAGUAGUGUGAGCUGAGCUGCAGACUGGAUUUACUAAUGGCUGAGACCUCUCCUCACUGCAUGGAGCCAGUCCAGGAGAUCUCCUCACAGCUGGCUCAAGAUUUACUAUAACAAACUAAUAGAGACAUUUCCUUCCAGACCUCAGGCUAGAGUUCUUUCCACUUGUCUUUAAAUAAUAAAUAGUGUCUCAAAAUCCAUCCAUCUAUCCAUCCACCCUACAGAGUCAAUCAGAACUUUAUUUUAUAGGUCUGAUGAGAAAGUAAUGUAUAAAAUCAAUCACUAUUCUCCAUCUAAACGGAAAUUAGAAGCUUAUUAUGAAAUACAUUAUUUUGGUUCUGUACAGCAUUUCCAUUAAUUGGCCCCAUGCAGGUUUUUAAUCAGCACCAUGAUUUAACAAACAGGAGAAAUUGAACAUUCUCUAUUUUGUUCAGCAUGAUAUCAUGUAUAUAAUGUGAAUUUCAAGGUGUGUUGGGCAUGUUUUAAUAUUUUGCGUUAGUAAGGUAAGAUGUUUGAUAGAAAAUGAGUUACUCUAAGAUGUACUUGGAUAAAAUGAUUAUGUGGGAUUGGGGGGGUGGGGGGGAGGGGAGGGUUGGUGUGACAGAUAGCAGAACAAAGGGUGCUUGGCAUGAAAAACAUGAUUAACUGUUCAAAUAAGCUAAGGUGCUAAUUUCAAAGUAUAAGGACAUGUUUCUAGCAAAGCAUGGGCAAAGGGUGUCAGGUGUGUCCAGGAACCCUAAUACAGGGCCAAAAUGCCCUCUAUGUAUACCGUUUACAUCUCUUUGGGCACUUUGUGAAGUUAGCUGAAUUUGUUUUUAAGUAAAAGUCACCCUGCAUCUAUAUACACCCGGUCACUUCAUUUUUGAAACGUUUUUGUAUUUAGUAAAACUGAGAUUAUAUUUUUCUCUUGGUGCACACUCCUGUCCCUUAUGAGUUCUUUAUGUAUUAUCGUAUAGAUUUAUUGUAUAGAUUUUAGAAUUCCGACCUGUUUCCUAAAACUAGAUUCUCACUCAGCCUGCACUUUCAGUGGUGCAGUCCUGUUCCUGUGUGUGUAUGAUAAACUUAUCAAUAAGUAUGAUGGGUAGGAAUAUGUGUAUAACAUGGUGUGUGUGUGUGUGUAAGGAAGAGAUUAUUUCAAGAAUGAAAAUAUAGAAGACACUGUGUUUUCUACGUUUUGCUUUUCCAAGCCAAUAAAUAUACCAUAUGCAUAGCUAUCUAAAAUGUUCCCUCUUACAUGUUCAAAACUGCUAUUUGUGAACAAAUUUACCAGUACAGGCUAUUGAUCAGUUACUCAAAUAGAGUGGGCCAUACUCUUAGGAGACGUGAUUAGGAUAUAUAGCCAUGUAUUCUAUAUUCUAUAUCCUGUAGAUAUACAGACAGAUAUAUAGGAUAGAUAGACAGACAAGCAGGCAGACAGACUAAAACAAGAACUUAUUAUUAAACUUGGAGAUUUGUAUCCAGUGACUGUACAAAUUCCUGAACUCUAAACCUAAAGUAGCGGAAUCACAAGCCAAACGAAUUGCGCAAUGGAUAAUAUUAGUUUUGAUUUGUGAUUUGCAACCCCACCAGUGAUGCCAAAAAAAGAGAUGAUUGAUGGGUAGGGAACAGCUAGUAAAUGUUGACUUUAUUCACAUAUCACGUGUGAAAUCAUCAAUAGAGGAAAGGAAGAGGAGCAGUAGAAAACAAAUCUACAUUUCUAUAAUAUAUAUUUAAUACAUAUAUAGUAUAAAAAUCAAGCCAUAUAAAACUACAAACUCACUUACAAUAAAUUAAAAAUACCUGUAUUUUAUGCCUUGCGAGCUUUGGCAACGUACUUUUGGAUGGUCUUAACCUUCCUAUUUUAUAUGUAAGAAAUAAGCAGUUGCAAAAAAAAAAGUGAAUUUUGUAAAGAUGGUGCAUGGAUUAGAGAACAUAUUAUAUUCAGUAUAUAAUUACAACCCCAUUCUUUCAAGAGACCAUUACUGUAGCGUGGGGUAACACACACCUCUCCCUUGCAUUCUAAGAAAAGCUAUUUACAAAAGUAUAGUCUACUAUUAAAAUGUGGUUUAACCAUGAAAGGGAUAUCCUAAAUAUGAUGCUAUUGUAUAACUAGCCUCUUUCUCAUAACAAUGUGUACACUCAUGCUAAAGUUUGGUCUGUGUUGCAAAACCAGCUUAUCUCUUUUUGAUCUGGUGCUAUUUUUUAGACUGUAGAGACUCACAUUUCUCUGCCCAGGCACUAUUAUAUUCCUCUGCACUUCUGCAGAGGGUUUUAAAUGUGAAGCCUUUCAUCCCCUCACCCACGCCCUACGACAGGGGUGCCCAAAAGGUAGAUCCCCAGAUGUUUUAAAACUACAGCUUCCAUAAUGCUUUGCCAUUCUAAAGCAUUCUAAAGUCAUACAAAGCAUCAUGGGAGUUGUAGUUCUACAACAUCUGGGGAUCUACCUUUUGGGCACCCCUGCUCUACAUAAGCUGUUAGCAUUCUGCCUGGCAGGCUGUGAGGAGGAGGGAAUAAGGGCUCUGAGCCCACCAAGUUUGAUACAGAGAUUCUAUGCAGCUUGCAAUUCAUAGUUUUCUACAGAUACUUAAUGUAGCCAUUCAGGUGGCAUUUUAAGAUACAUACGCAUUCCCAGAAAUACUAUCAGAUUUGACCAUUUGUAUCUAAAUUGUCACACACUGUACAUACUGUAUAUGACAAAAAGAAGCUUUUCUGUUUCUAUGCCAAUAUUUCAGAAUUAGUGAUGUCCCGAACGGUUCGCCGCGGACUCAUCAUUGAGUAAACUUUGACCCUGUAACACACAGUCAGCAGACACAUUCCAGCCAAUCAGCAGCAGACCCUCCCUCCCAGGCCCUCCCACCUCCUGGACAGCAACCAUUUUGAAGCUGCAUUCUUAGUGAGCUGUCCAGGAGGUGGGAGGGUCUGCUGCUGAUUGGCUGGAAUGUGUCUGCUGACUGUGAGGUACAGGGUCAAAGUUUACUCAAUGAUGAGUCCGUGGCGAACCGUUCGUGGCGAACCGUUCGGCGAACCGUUCGGGACAUCACUAUUCAGAAUAUUUAAAAUCUCUUACCUUAUCCCCCAAUAUUUCUAUAAAGGAUCAGUGAAUAAACAAAUAAUUCAGGUUAAAUCCUACUCCACUUUUCUUUUAAAUGACAAAGCAGUUGGAAUACAUUUUUUUGAUUAACUGACCUUUUAUUAUCUUUCUGACCUUGACCAAAAGGUCAUCCUCACUAUACUGGGAUCUUCACUUACAUGAACAGUGAAAGAGGAGUUAAUAAAUAAUCAAGGGAGAUAGUUGCAAAGACAUGGAAAACUAGAGAUAGUGUUAUUCUGGUUUUAUUGGACUGGAUAAAACAAUUAUGACAAAGUUGUUUCACUUUAGCUUUACCCUCUUUUUAUAGAUAUAUAUAUGCAUAAAGCAAUAUGUAUGUAGAAUUUGUUUGAUUGUUAUGUUCUUUGUUUACCAGUUUUGUAACAGCAAUAUGCUGAACAGAAAUAUAUGUAGAUACUUUUAAAAUAAUCACAAGGUGUAUUAAUUCAAGGGAGACAUUUUAUAAAAGAAAAAAUGUAGUUAAAAACUAGAUAUGGACAUUUGGUUUAGUCCAAACUGCAAUUUGUCCAAAUUUUGGCCAAUUGGGUGCGUGGCGGAAUUCCUAAGCUCGAAGCCGAAAUGUAACCGAAGUACAAAGCAAGUGAAACGCGCAGUGGUCGAUUAUGUUCGUUUUGGGUAUAUUUCAGCUUUGAUUCCGAAUACUGUCCAUGGAAACAAAAAAAGAGAUGAUUGAUGGCUAGGGAACAGACACUAUGGAAUCUAUGCACAUGUAAUGCGAGAAGUGAGCAAUAGAAGGGAAAAUAGGUGGUGCAGUAAAAUAUAUUAAAUAUUUAAUAAAUAUAUAAAUAUAGUUUUUGUUUACUGCUCCUCCUGUUACUGUUUUUUCUCACUUGAUCUUUGAACAAAAUGGUGACAUUCGGCUAGAAUUCAUGCGUCCCCAAGAUUUUUCUGUUUUGGGAAAAAUGGUUCAGCCUAGUAAAAACUGCUCAGCUCACUCAUAUCUGUAAAUAACCUCCUUUGCGCUUGAUUACAACUGCUCUUUUGCUGUGUUUGAUGUGAGUGAGAAUCCAGUAUUAGGAAAUAAGUAUUAGCAAAUCUAUACUUAUAACACAUAUAGAAACAUGUACCUAUAUAUUUAAUUGACAUGUGCAUAGUUUUAUAUAUAUUUAUAUGUUUUUGCAUAUGUGUGCAUGUUUGUGUGAUUGCAAGUACUUUUAUUAAUAUAGUAAAUAUACAUGUAUCAAAUACAUUUGUGUGAGAAAUGCUGUUCCCUUUAAAAGAAACAAGUACUGUAAAUAGUUAAAGCUAAAUCUCUAUUUAAAACAUAAAAGUACAUUUUUAAAACAAGGUUUGUGUAUAAAAUCUCAGAACUCUGAAAGCUCAGGUGAUAAAUUGGACUCUCCAAAUACUUAGGCAUAUCUCGUUUCCUUUGAGGAGAGAAAAUAGCUUUUACUGCAGUUUUGUUUAAAAGAUAAAAUAGCAGUAUUAGUUUUAAACGUUGUGCCAAAAGUCCGGGUAAACCAGAGAUAUAUAUACAGAGAGUCACUAGGCCUCUUUGACGAAAGGACGAAAAUUAAAAAAAAUAAGUGUUUUCUAUGGAGUAAGUAUUAUUAUGCAUUAUGUAAAAACCAUGGGGUUAUAUAAAAGAAAAUAUAUAUUUAGAGAGUGUGACUUAUUAUUAUUUUUUUAGAAUUUGUUUGUUUUAAUACAUGUGGGCUGGGCAUCAAUACUGCCUGUCUAAUGGCUGUCUAAGAGAAACAGGAACUGUAGUGUGUCUAAAGACAGGGGCUCAAUGUUACCUAUUAAGGGGUUAAAUAAAAGUAACUAUAAACAUAGAAAAAACAUAUGUGAAUAUUAUCACAGAAGUACAGUGCAGGUUUUCAUAUAUUGUUAUUGUUUACAGUAUUUUACAUUUCAUUUAGGGGUCUAUUUGUUGGCCUUUUUUUUUUGCCUUUAUCAACUCACCCUAGGUAGUAGGCUUAUUUACUAGACACAUGAUUGCAGAGAAAUGCAAAUGGAGUUAAUUAAUUUAGGUUAACACACAUAAAUUUCAAAUUGUACUGCAAAUUAAUAAUGCACAUAUGCGGCGAACUCUGCAAGUGCAUUAGACCCUCCCAAUAGAAAAGCAUUGGUUCAAUGCCUUUCUACGGGAUUCUACUGAUGCUGGACAUCCUCAUGCAGAGCGUGAGGAUGUCCAGCCUCAAUUAGGCAACAAAACGUUGGUUAGCCACCAGGAAGUGUCUCUAGUGGCUGCCUGAUCUAGAGGCAAUCUUAUCUUUCAAUGUAAUUAUCAAAAACUGCAAUGAUUUACAUUGCAGGACUUAGUGGGACUGGGAUAUUGCACCAAGACCACUUCACUGAGCUUGUCUUAGUGUCCCUUUAAUGUGCCAGGAGUGCCCUGGCGCCCCUUCUAGUGUAAGACUUUAAACCAUUUUAGAAUGGGUGCCACGCUAGGCAUCCACCAAAGCUCAGUGAAGAUAGAUUCUUGCUCUCACUGAGCUUUGGUGGAUGCAGGACUUAACUCAUUGGAUGAGAGCUACCAGCCUGCUGCUCUAACUGAGCUGUAGUGGAGGCACCUGGUGGACCACAGAUAACAAGUAAAACAAGUCUAAAAGAAUGAGAGCAUUAAGCCACUCCUGACACCAGGUGGUAAUUAUGGUACUAGGCAUAUGCCUUUAACUGUAAUGUUUUGGUAAUGAAUGUGUAUAUAUAUAUAUAUAUAUAUAUAUACACACCCUUUUCCUAAAAAAAAAGAAUUUGAAACCAUAACCCUUUGUAUCACACAUGUUUGUAUAUCUUACAGUAAUUUGGGAAUUAUUUGUUUCUAGAUAUAUGUUGUGGCACAUUAUAAAACUUCUAUAGUAUUUUGAGAACAAUCGUAGCAUAAAUAGCUGAACCGAAACAGAUCAAUUUAUUAAUUAUAUGGUAGUUUGCUGUUUAGUGGAUUCACAAAGUACUAUUAGGUUGUGGGAUAUUUAUUAGGAAGCAACGAAUACAAUAUUGCUGGAUAGAUAAUGGUGCAUAGGUGGUUCUGCUGUUUGAAUUGCAGGCGGUGAUAUUGGAUGGAUGUGUUAGGAAUGAUAUUGUAUCAGAAUUCACAGCAAGUUGCUGUCCUAUGGAAACCAUUACUAACAUUGUGUAGCUUUAGAAUCAAUAGAUGUUUGUAAGUCUAGGUUAAUGUAAAUUUAGGUCACAAUAGCUCCAAGUCAGUUUUUUAUUAUAUAACAUGCAAUUUCAUUGUCGACCUCACAAUUCCCAUUUUAGCACAUACAUUCCUUAUCUUGUUGAUAUUGCAAUGUUAUAUGAUGAAAGGAACCCAAAACCCCCUUUCAUCACCAUUUUUUUUAUUGAGAGUGAAAUACUUCACCUUUUGACCAAAUAGAAUAAGUAAAUUCAAGUUUCAGCAGUAUUGACAUGGUGCAUAAAGAAAUAAUGGAAGGCAGGCACGGUAAAUUAUUGGGGCAGGGAUGAAGACACGGGACAGGAAAAGAAGAAUAAUGGGAAUGAUAAUAAGGGAUGAAAAGGAGUUUACUUAUUUCUAAAUCAUUGUUCUGCAGCUCAUUUUCUGUCUUAAAUAGAUAAUUUAGAAUAAUGGAUGCUCCAUUCAAAUCUAUUUAAAAUAACUGAGAUUCUGUAAUAUUUGUUGACUUUGGUUUACAUAUCUGAGUAAUCUACUAAUCACAUGCUUCAUUAAGUUUCCUUUCUAUUUAGCAUUCAGUUUAUGAUUCAAUUUGAUAAGCAAGACAUCCAAGUCCAUUGUUGAUUUGACUUACUAUUGAUGUUUUAAAAACACUAUAGCCACCAGAACAACUACAGCUUACUGCGUUUGUUCUACUGAGUAGAAUCAUUCCCUUCAGGCUUUUUGUAGUAAACACUACAUUUUCAGAGAAAAUGCAGUGUUUACAUUUCAGAAUAGGGAUAACUCCACUGGCCACUCUAGAGGUGCUCCCUGGGGCACAUGAAGACACUGAACUUUCCUCAAAGAGAUGCAUUGAUUCAAUGCAUCUCUGUGGGGAGAUUCUGAUUGGCCACAGCUGUAUUUGACUUGCGCUGACUCUGCCCCUGAUCUGCCUCCUUGACAAUUUUAGCCAAUCCAAUGCUAUCCUAUGGUAAAGCAUUGUGAUUGGCUGAGAUCAACACUUAUGAUGAUGUCAGCCAAAGAGGCAGAUCAGGGGCAGAGCCAGCAGUAUAGGGUCAGGAAUACAUGUUUGUGUUCCUGACCAUAUAGUGUUUCUUUAAUGUAACUCUUUGGGAUAGGUGGAAGUGGGAAGAUAAAUCUAACCCUACAGACAAAUCAGCAUUGAUUCAGUAAGUCACAUGAAUAUGUUCUCCAUUUCACUGUUCAUCCAUCAAACAGCUUUUUUGUCUCUUUGAAUUCUAUUAUUCUAUUAUUGGUCUAGAUUAGCAAAAUAAGUCAAAUUAUCUGAAGACAGUGGCACAGAAAGGAUAAGUCACAUGUCUGGGUUAAUAUGCAGAGGGAUUUGGAUAGAUUUGGGGACUGGACACUAAAAUGGCAGAUUAAAUUUAAUGUAGAUAAUUGCAAAGUUAUGCACUUCGGGGUUAAGAAAGCCCAAGUAAUUUACACCCUAAAUGGUAGUGAACUAGGGAUAACCACACACGAGAAGGAUUUGGGAAUUGUUAUAGACAACAAAUUAGGCAGCAAUAUGCAAUGUCAAUCUGCAGUUGCUAAGGCCAGUAAGGUUUUGUCAUGUAUAAAUAGGAGCAUAAACGAUCAGGAUGAAAAUAGAAUUUUGCCUCUUUAUAAAUCGCUGGUAAGACCAGACCUUGAAUAUGCUGUGAAAUUUUGGGCACCUGUUCUAAAGAAAGAUAUCAUGGCACUAGAAAAAGUGCAGAGACGAGCUACAAAUUUGAUAAAAGGAAUGGAGCAUUUUAGUUAUGAAGAAAGGUUAAAAAAAAAUGAAAUCUGUUUAGUUUGGAAAAACGGCGCCUGAGAGGGAAUAUGAUAACAUUAUACAAAUAUAUAUUCAGGGCCAGUACAAACCUUUAUCUGGAAAUCUAUUCAUAAACAGGGCUAUACAUAGGACACAAGGUUACACAUUUAGGCUGUAAAAAAGGAGAUUUCAUCUAAGGCAAAGAAAAGGUUUUUUUACAGUAAGAGCAAUCAGGAUAUGGAAUUCUCUGCCUGAAGAGGUGGUUUUGCCAGACUCAUUACAGAUGUUUAAACUGCUAUUGGAUAAAUACUUGCAAAAACAUAACAUACAGGGAUAUAAUUUCUAAUUAGUGGGGUAAUAGCUGCUUGAUCCAAGGAGACAACUGACUGCUAUUUUAGGAUCAAGAAGGAAUUUUUUCCUAGUUUGUUGCAAAAUUGGAAGCGCUACAGACUAGGUUUUUUGCCUUCUUUUGGAUCAACAGCAAAAACAUAUGUGAGGAAGGCUGAAUUUGAUGGACGCAAGUCUCUUUUCAGCUAUGUAACUAUGUAAUACGACAAAGGUAGGACCAGAGGCCCAAUGGCUCAGAAGAGGGGGCAUUUUAUCACAAACACAUUUUCUACAUUGUGUUACUAUGUCAUGCUAUGAGAUCAGUGAUGGAAAAAUAUAUUUAUUGUUGAAAAAAAUGGAGCAAUUUUCAUAGUAAGCCUCUAAAGCCUCCAUGUAUAGUAGCUUUUCCUAAAAUUACUCACCAAAUAGAGUACAUGUGACUACGAUUACUGCAGUUUUUUUAUAUAUUGAAUUGUGUGUGGUGCAGGCCACAUAUUAUACAUUUUACAUUCAAAUUAUUUUCUGAAUAAUUCUGUUGUGUAUUCAGUAUACAACAGAAGAGAAAAAUAAAUCUGACUGCAACUGUUUUGCACAUUAUAUAAGCAUCACUUUUCAAUAACACUGAUGCAAGCAGUUUCUUCUCUUGUGUUUCCUUCUUCUGCAGUGAUUUAAUCCCAGUAGGUCCUGGAGACUCAGUCUCAUAUUUGUCCUUAGACAUUUCAUUUUAGCCCUGUCUUCUUCUCAGAAUUUAGGUUCCAUGCAAAGCAGACAGAGUACGAGGCAUAAAGUAAAAACAGAACUAAUAGAGAUGCCCCAACAUGUCUUCGUCAUGAUAGACGCAUGUUAAAUUGGUUUGUACAAUUUCAUGCACACAUUGUGAUCGCAUAUUUAUAGAUUUUUAUAGUAACCUAAACAAAGAUAUGAUGCUUUCAGUCAGUUCUUUGCGCAGAGGUCUAUGCUACCAGUAUGGCACAUUAAAGGGGAUUAUAUGUAUUCUGUUUACUUAUCCCUAUAUUCCACAAAUAUGUAUUUGUAAGGUGUGAAAACUAAAAGUAGAAUUACCCACUAUCUCGUCCGUCAUAGCUUAUAAAUUCUGUUCUUUGAACCUGUCGAUCUACAUAGAGAAAGCAUACAGAGAAUAGGAGAAAUUAAACAAUGUUCCUAUUUCUCUUCUUCAUUUGCAAUGUUUGCCCCGGCUUUGUCUUAUCUGAACUAAAUUAUGAUGUCAUUUGCCAAAUCUUGAAAAUAUAUAUGAAAGAAAACAGAGCGUCUCAUUAAAAAAAGGUUGACACACAAGAGAUGUGACAGUACACCUUUAAUCCACGAGGAGAUAGGGAGCACCCUCCUAUUGUUGGUAAAUACAAAUAUAAAUAUCUCCUUUCCAUGCAUCUCUUAGCUUACCCAAAUUAUGUUGUAGUGACCAUCGUUAAGUUGCCUUUUGUCUCUUAUUCAACCAAGCAACUGAGAGCCAGUGUGCAAUCCUGAGUCAUGAUGUCAUGCACACACUCAGAACAAUGGGGUGAUUCCAAACAAAGAUGAUUAAGAUGGCAGCUCUCUUGAAAAAGGAGGUGCUAAAUGUAUAUAUAACAAAAUAAUACACACAAAGGCUAUGUCACAUGCAGGCUUUGAUAAGUUAAAAACAAUUUUGUUCCAGGGGUGUGCACAGGACUGUACUCCAGUGACAUAUUCAUCAUCCCAUACUGAGUCUGUUUAUUUUUCACUCUGUUUCGAUGGCAUGAGCAGCAUCCUACAAGUUCUAGUGGAAAUGUACAUUAAUAAAUACAGUUUAAAACCUGUCUUGCCUACAUGUGAAUUUUUUUUACAUUAUGAUAAACAAUGGAAAAAACGAUGGAAAACAAUGAUGCACGCAAUGUGGUGUAGAAUUCCCAUGUGUCUAUGCAUUAGGUGAAAUACUUGUAGAAAGCGUGGUGUUUGGAAAAUGGCUAUCCCUACGGACUGUCUGACUGUCACACGUAAAAGUGAAUUUUUGCCACUUCAGGUAAAAGUGAAACAGAAAGUCCCUUGUCACACUAGCAGGUCCCUUUGGGUGAAUAGCUCAUUUGAAAGCGGCAUCUGUGCAAGUUCUUCCAAACAAAUGUUUUGUAGCUAUUCUUUGAUAUCAAACUACUCUCCUCCCUUGCUUGGCGGUUCUCACGUUUUGGCUAGUGAGUGCUUCACUUGGAAAUGCCUCUACUGGGUGGAGUUCCUCUCCUCCCGGGAAGCAGCUAGGUGCCUAGAUUUUUAUUGUUAAAAUUUCUAAAGUGGGCAUUUGCUGGGGCGGUCUUCCCACAUGCUGCGCUGCUAGUAGUGGCUAUUUGGGAUUCCAUAAAAAAAUUUUUUUUCCCAAAUUUGAACUCCUCCUUUCCCCUCUUUUAUUCUCUUCUUUUUUUCUCUUCCCUCCCUCCCUCCUUCUUAGUUUCUACAUUUAUCAGUUCCUUGUCUCUCCUCAUCUUUUCUCUGUAGCCCUCUAUUUGGGCCAUUUUUUCUUUUUAUGAAUUAUUCCACGUGACAUAAAAGCCUGAUUUGUCACUAUUGAUUGAAUUUCCCCAGGCUUACACCAGGGCAUAAUGGUUUAGUAAUUCAAGGACUAGCUGCUUACUUUAUUGUGCUAUAUUAUUGUGGUACUACUUUACUGCACAUUUGCUUUUUGUGCUUUCAUUUAUUGAAUGUAUUGUACUCAUAACUUUUUUUUGGGGGGGUUACAAUUCAUCCUGCUAUUGUCUUGAUAUAUGUAUGAUAUAUAUGAUCUUUGCCUUUUCUCAAUAAAUGUUGUUAAACACUGAACACAAUCUUGAAACAAAAUCAAAGUGUGCUUUUAUGGCAAAAAACAUACAAACAAACAAAAAAAAUAAUACAAAACGAAAACAAAAAAUCUUGUGAAAGUAAAACUGCUAAGAAAAAGAAAUCAACAAAUACAUUACAUGUCGGAGUUAUAAAUAAAUAUCUUAAAUGCUUUAAUACAUCACCAACGCAUACUAGACAAACAUUUUGUUACAAAUAUAUGCUGCCCUGUCACUUAACCCAUUGACCCUUAGAGCUUUCCUGAUUCUUCAUGAACCGCAAGGAACAUCUCCAGCUAUUACGGCUUCUAACAGAAUAUGUGGCCAUCCUUUGCACAACAUAACACCGUGCCACAGACAUUUUUGUGCUGGCUGAUAAAAAACACAGAGCUUCUCAAUUAUCUGAGAUAUGCCAAUCUCCAGCCCAGAGCUGGAAAUACUGCAAAGGAGAUGAUUCAUCUAAUCUAUCCAGCACUCUGCCUCUGAGUUUCUGUUUACUCUUUCUAAUGUAAAAUACAUUAUUCACUAAUGUGAGAAUUAAAAGUAAAUUUCAAAUUUAAAGUCAAAAUAGCCAAACUGGAAAUAUUCGCUAAGUCAGCUAUGCUUCCAUUUUGGCUGCUCUGGCCUAAAAUGUAAAAUUCACUUUAAAUUCCCUGUUAGUGAUAUGUUUGUAGAAAUAUCUAUAUUAGUGAUGCUCAAUUACAUAAUUAACCAGGGAGGAUACAGCUGCAGCUCUGCAAUUUUCCUAUUAAAAUGUGUUUUGGCUCAGUCUAUAAAACAUUUUGGUAGACACUGUAGUUAUAGUAAAAAAAAAGUUUAGCAGCAGCUCUUGUUCUGUCAUCAAUUGUGCCUCAAAGGGAGAGUCUGUGUUGAAUUGUAAACAUCUUACACAUUUUGGUAAAUAUUCCGUCCAAGUCUAGCAAAGCCAUCAAUCUAAAUUUCUCUGUCAGUCUUUUAUCUUAAAGCCAUCCUUUCUCUGUCUGCUGAUCCAGCCCACAAUAACUGGAUCCCCCUGUUCUGCUAUUCCAGGCGUAUGUUUCCCAGCUACAAGGUGAAAGUUUCUGGCCUCAACCCAAAAACUAAAUACAUCCUCCUCAUGGAUAUCGUGCCAGCUGAUGAUCAUAGAUACAAGUUUGCAGACAACAAAUGGUAAGCAAGUCUUUAUUAAUGGCAGCCACUAAAUAAUAGCAGUUACAUACGUUAUACAUAUCAAUUACAAUUAUUUAUAUAGCGCUAACAUAUUCCUCAGUGCUGUGCAAUAGGUAAACAAGAUACACAUUUAAUUCUAACACAUAUACAAGAAGAGUAGGUCGAGUGGGCCCUGCCCAAAUGAGCUUACAAUCUAAAGGUAUACAUCUUGGAGGAGGAGGGUAGGUUGCAUGCAAAAGGGUAGGUUGUCUGGGAGACAGUAGAUCAAAUUGUACAGGAAGGAACAUGGUGACUCAAAAAUACAUUCUAUCCCAGGGUAGCCUGAUAAACUCUAUACACCUUGACCUUUAGAACUCAGCAAGAGAAAAGGCUAUCAUCCAAAGAAGGGAGUGUUAAAUUCUGAUGUGGGAUAUCUAAUAUAACAAAGCACGUAUAUUGCAAAUUACAGCAUCUCAAACAUUUUACCCCUCUGCUCAUGUUUGCAAUUUGUUUAUUGUUCUCCCCUCAGCCCAAUGCAUUUCUGCUGACAUCACUCCCCCUCGCUUAAGGGAGACAGAUGUCAGGGAAAAAAGGCUGAGGGGAGAACAUGGAUGGCUCAGAGGGGGUGGCGUGCCACCAUUGCAUGUAGUUAAAAGGCUUUUAAAAUUGCUAGUGCAUUAACAAUGUGUAUAUAAACUCAACUUAUAGAUAAGUAUUGCUAUUCCUUUAAAUAUUAGCCACAGGUUAGGUUUACACAAUACCUUAGCUCCUCUGUUUUGGCACAAACAUUAAGUCCUGGUCAGCAUUGCAUAGCUUGGGUUGACGUAACAAUCCCUUAUAGUAGCUGAAUACUUAGUUUUAGCUUAAAAAACUUGCAAGCAUGCAGUGAUACUUGGGAUUGUUUUAUAUUACAUCUUGUUCUACUUAAGAGUGGGCGUUUUGAACAUAAACCACAAUUUUAAAGAUGUGUUUUUGGCCAAGAAGCAGGGAAACACGUUCAGGAGGAGCCAUUGAUAGAGAAAACGCUUCCGUGGGUAAUUGUUUACUGUAACUACUUAGUUCUAUAAUCAAAAUCACACCCCGCAGGCAAGUUUGCAAAACAGAUUGAGAAAAGCAGGAAACAAGGACAACAACAGAUGUAAGAGUUUGUUUUCCGAAGUGACAUUUUGAAGCGCACAUUUAUCAUGCAUGAAUUCUCACUUGUUUUCAUCUUGUGCGAAUUGAUUAAUAUCUUUUCCCCUAUGAAUCAAAGUAUUAAUGUGGUUAUACAAUUAAUUAGACAGUAUAUUGGGGGCACCAAUUCUACCACUGAAUGAAGAUAAAGAAUCAAACUUGCAAAAUGUUCAAUUUAUGGAUUGCUGAAGAUUAUUUUUGGUAAUUUGAAAAUAUAUAUUUUUUUUAAUGAAAAACUUUACACAUAAAGAUAUUAAAAUGAGAGGCAAGAGAAAUGUCUUCAGAUGGCAGCUUGAUAUCAGCUUAAUUGUCCUUGCAAGGAUACUACACUAGAUUGAUUGGUAGUUUGAACAAGGGAUGGUUUUUAGGAUUGAAAUGAGUGAUAGUUUAGAAAAUUUUAACACAAUAAUGUGCAGUUAUUUUUUCAAUUUCGUUUAUAGCAUAUCUACUUUUCACCUGUCUCCCUUGACCCGAUACACCCCCUCAAAUAAGUCAUAGGGAAUUCUGGUGAUGAAUCUUAUCUUCUUUACACACUGCUCUCAUUACAACUCACCACUUUGUCAAUCUUUAUACUGACUUACAUCUACUCAAAGGUCAAAACUAAAAUCCUUCACUUUCAGAGAUCAACAAAUAUACACAGACUUAAGUAUCAAAUCUAAUGUGCAAAUACCUACCUUCUCAGGCACUUCCCUCUGACAUUUCCAUCAUACACUUGACCUCUGUCCUAGGAGCUUCUUUAUCCCUGUGUUGGUUUUAUUUCAUGCCCAACUUUGCUCUGUCAGUGGAGAGUCAUCUAAUUAUGCUCUAAAACACAUUCAUGUAGUAAAGCAUAUUGUCAUACCCUGAAUAUCAUACCCAACACCGUACAUCAUACAACAUCAUAAGACAGUUUGCUUCAUCCUAUACAUACAAACAUUUGUUUGGAUAGACAGAGAAAGCACACUGAGUAAUCUCCCUUCUCAAUACAUUAUUACCAUAACCCUCUACUUCUAAGCUGUACAUAGAGUAGAGCUUUCUUCGCCUCUUGUCUUGAGAUCUAUGUUUAAUUGUUACAAAUCAUUUAUUUUUUAACCCGUUGUACAGUACUGGUAUAUAUUGGCGUUCUAUAAGUAAAAUAAUAAUAAAAACUAUUUUGUUCUUUGCUGAUGAGUUAGACAAGAAAGCCGGUAGGUUUGCUACUUAGAUCAUUGGUUCUGGUUUCCAAGUGUUGUUAUUUUUGCAGGUCUGUGACUGGGAAGGCAGAACCUGCAAUGCCAGGACGUUUGUACGUCCACCCAGACUCACCUGCCACAGGAGCCCAUUGGAUGAGGCAGCUGGUAUCCUUCCAAAAGUUGAAGCUCACCAACAAUCACUUGGAUCCAUUUGGUCAUGUAAGUAGUUAAAAUAAAACACAGAGCUUGUUAAACAUGUUAUUUUCUACCUUUGAUUGCCAUAACCACAUUUUCCUCUCUCUAAGAGACACGCAUAUUGUCAUCAUCAUAUUCUAAUGCAGUCAGGUAUGUUCAAAGUGAGCGAUGGGUUUGUGAUUAAAUGUCAAUGAGUUCCAUAAAAAAAUAAAAACAAAACAUUUGAAUCAUAUUUCGCUGUAGUCAUUGUCACUUUAUAGGAUUUUUAACAAUAUGUUUAAGUAUCUCUAUAUUUAAAAAAUAUGAAUAUGUGAGAAAUCCACAGCUCUGUAUCUUUCAACUGGGUAUCUUCUUCUUAGCUCUCUAUAAAAGCUGUGGUUUGCACUUGGCUGUUAGCUUACAGAAAGCAUUAAGAGAAGAGUAGAACGAAAACAAUGUUUCUAUUUGUCCACUUUAUUUCCGAUGUUAACCCUGGGUUUAUCUAGUCUGGACAGGGUUAUAAUGCCAUUUGCUAAACCUUUAAUGUGACACUGUCACCCUCUUUGGUAUUUUCAUAUUACAAAGACCUCAGGUGGUGACAGUGCCGAGGCCUGGGGGUUCAGAAGAAGGUAGUUUUUACAUACCUGAUCCUUUCCCUUGAGGCAUCUUCCUCUAUGAGGUCCUCUUCAGCUCCUGGAACUUUGUCUGCCAGUAGCCAUCUGUGCUGUACUCUUGCAGGAUCCUCCACAGAAGGAGCCUUUUCCUUUUAGCCUUAAUGUGUAAGGGCUUGACAGCUAGAAAAAACACACAAGAUGAAGUAGUCCCUACUUUGUCUUAAGAUGAUAUCGUUUGACUGGGUUGGAAUUUCAGUGAAAUUCCAACACAGGCUUUAUGAGGAUUUCAUAAAGAUUUUAUCUUCAUGAAAUGCUCUUUUUUUUGGUGGUGGCAGGGUGGGGGUAUGUGUGUGACAGAGCUGUUUUAAUAUAAAUUGGAAAAAAAAAGCAAGAAAAAAGUUAGCUCAAAUUAUAUGUGAUUUUGAAUGUUUUAUUCAAUUGUAUAAUUUACAGAGUAGCGACAGUUCAGCGACAACAUUUUGAUAGCACAUUUUGCAUCUACAAGCCUUUUGUUUCACUGACAUCUAAAACUCUGCAGAAUGAAUUCACACUUAAUCUUGUUAGUUCUAUUUUAACCAACAAUACAGCCUUAAACAUAAACCAGUUGUAUAAAGAAAAUAACCUUAUGUUGACAGAGUUUCUUAUUUGCAUAUACAAAAAAAAAAACAAGAUACCUUUUUAAAAAGCUUUAAACGAUUGUACAGUUAGGGAAAAAAGAAUUUGAUCCCCUUCUGAUUUUGAACGUUUGCCCACUGACAAAGAAAUGAUCAGUCUAUAAUUUUAAUGGUAGGUGUAUUUUAACAGUUAGAGGCAGAAUAACAAAAGAAAAUCCAUAAAAACGCAUGUCAAAAAAGUUAUAAAUUGAUUUGCAUGUCAAUGAGUGAAAUAAGUAUUUGACUCCUUUGACUUAGUACUUGGUGGCAAAACCUUUGUUGGCAAUCACAGAGGUGAGACGUUUCUUGUAAUUGGCCACCAGGUUUGCACACAUCUCAGGGGGGAUUUUGUCCCACUUCUCUUUGCAGAUCCUCUCCAAGUCAUUAAGGUUUUGAGGCUGACUUUGGCAACUCGAACCUUCGGUUCCCUCCACAGAUUUUCUAUGGGAUUACGGUCUGGAGACUGGCUAGGCCACUCCAGGACCUUAAUGUGCUUCUUCUUGAGCCACUCCUUUGUUGUCUUUGCUGUGUGUUUUGUGUCACUGUCAUGCUGGAAUACCCACGCACGACCCAUUUUUAAUGCCCUGGCUGAGGGAAGGAGGUUCUCACCCAAGAUUUGACGGUACAUGGGCCCGUCCAUCGUCCCUUUGAUGUGGUGCAGUUGUCCCUUAGCAGAAAAACUCCCCCAAAGCUUAAUGUUUCCACCUCUAUGUUUGACGAUGGGGAUGGUGUUCUUGGGGUCACAGGCAGCAUUUCUCCUCCUCUAAACAUGGCGAGUUGAGUCAAUGUCAAAGAGCUCGAUUUUGGUCUCAUCUAACCACAACAUUUUCACCCAGUUCUCCUCUGAAUCAUUCAGAUGUUCAUUGGCAAACUUCAGACGAGCCUGUACAUGUGCUUUCUUGAGCAGGGGGACCUUGCAGGAGCUGCAGGAUUUUAGUCCUUCACGACAUAGUGUGUUACCAAUUGUUUUCUUUGUGACUAUGGUCCCAGCUGCCUUGAGAUCAUUCACAAGAUCCUCCCGUGUAGUUCUGGGCUGAUUCCUCACCGUUCUCAUGAUCACUGAAAUUCCACAAGGUGAGAUCUUGCAUGGAGCACCAGACAGAGGGAGACUAACAGUUAUUUUGUGUUUGUUCCAUUUGCGAAUAAUCGCACUGACUGUUGUCACCUUCUCACCAAGCUGCUUGGCAAUGGUCUUGUAGCUCAUUCCAGCCUUGUGUAGGUCUACAAUCUUGUCCCUGACAUCUUUGGACAGUUCUUUGGUCUUGGUCAUGGUGGAGCAUUUGGAAUCUGAUUGAUUGAUUGAUUGAUUGCUUCUGUGGACAGGUGUCUUUUAUAAGACAGUGCUCCUAAUCUCAGCUUGUUACCCUAUAUAAGACACCUGAGAGACAGAAAUCUUGCUGAUUGAUAGGGAAUCAAAUACUUAUUUCACUCAUUGUCAUGUAAAUCAAUGUAUAACAUUUUUGACAUGCGGUUUUAUGGAUUUUUGUUUUUGUUUUGUUAUUCUGUCUCUCACUGUUAAAAUACACCUACCAUUAAAAUUAUAGACUGAUCAUUUCUUUGUCAGUGGACAAAGGUUCAAAAUCAGCAGGGGAUCAAAUACUUUCCCCCCCUCACUGUAUAACCACAAAUGAACAUAGCAUUGACAUUCUGAGGGUUUAAUGACAUUUCUAUAGGUUACCUUUGGCAUCAGAAGUAUAGAAUAGGAUAAAAAUGAUCUAAUACUCAGCCACAAAUUGUGAAGUUGGUUUGCUCAUAGAUGGAAGCUUACAGUUUAUGUCUAUCCUAUCCCAUGCAUGUGGUUGAAAGCUAAGUGCAAAUAACAGGCUUUAGAAGGAAAUAUAAAAGAGUGAUAUUACUAUUGUUUGCAUAUUUUUAAUUGUUUCUGUCCAAAAUUGUAUUCAGUACAGCAAUCCACACACCCCUGUAUUUUAUAUUUAUGAUUGCCCUCAUCAUACUGGCUUUUUUGCAGUUUUCCAGAACCUGUGAAAACUUUUGUACCAUUGUUUUAAUCCAUACCUCCCUACCUGCCUUAAACUGACAGUACAGUCCUGAUUUUGGAAAACGUACCUGCCAAUCGAGUUACUCCUUUAGUGUUUCGCAUAUUGCAAGCAAAUCAUUCAUUGCCUUUGGAAUUUGCCAGUGCUUCUUUGGUGAUUAGUGUAUAUUGAGAUGCUUGGCUGGCAGGCAAACAAACUCCUAGUUCCAUAAGCAGUAUUGGUAAUGGUGUGUGUAGUAUGUGUAACAGAAACAGAAUUCACUUAAACAAAUGUUAUAAUUUGACUAAUUUGGCCCAAAUUUCGGAAUUCACUUUGAAUCGAAUUGAAUUGCCCGCAACUUUUAGUGAGAAACUCUGUGAGAAUGACUCUAGGGAUUAUUUGAUUUAAGAAGAAGUGAUGUGGCUUGGGGACAGGGCUAUUCUGUGAUAUAUUAGAUAUUAGGUGUCUUUGGGCCACUUAUCCAAUUAAAAAAGUAGUCUGACAACAAGGUGAGAGUGUUUUAUUUACAAAGUCCUAUGUUGACAUUACUGUGAGAUAUGCUCUAUUACACACAAAUACACACCAAAAGCUCUGAACUCCUAAAAAAAUAAAAGGGGGUGGAGGGAGGGGAGCAAUGGGACAGGAACUUGCAAGGUAUGGGCAGCGAGGAAAACCUGGAAAAAUUUACAAAUAAAGUUAAGUACCUACAAACAUAUACAUAAAUAUAUCCUAACCUAACAUAGAAACAUAGAAUGUGACCGCAGAUAAGAACCAUUCGGCCCAUCUAGUCUGCACAAUUUUCUAAAUACCUUAUCUUAUAGUUAGGAUAGCCUUAUGCCUUUCCCACGCAUGCUUAAACUCCUUUACUGUGUUAACCUCUACCAUUUCAACUGAAAGGCUAUUCCAUGCAUCCACUUCCUAAUAUUAUUUUUAAACCUUUGCUCCUCUAAUUUAAGACUAUGUCCUCUUGUUGUGGUAGUUUUUCUUCUUUUAAAUAUAGUCUCCUCCUUUACUGUGUUGAUUCCUUUUAUGUAUUUAAAUGUUGCUAUCAUAUCCCCCGUCUCGACUUUUCUCCAAGCUAUACACGUUAGGUUCCUUUAACCUUUCCUGGUAAGUUUUAUCCUGCAAUCCAUGAACCAUUUUAGUAGCCCUUCUCUGAACUCUCUCUAAAGUAUCAAUAACAUUUACAAUGAUAAUGAAAAAACAGACGAAGAAAGAUAAGAAUCUGUUAAAAAUAAUAAUUGAACCAAAUAUUUUUUUUAAAAUAAAAUUCACCCCAUUGGGGAGUGGAAGCAGUGGUAGCUGAGGUCAAUAAUUAUAACAUUACGGUAAAAGGAAAUCACAUGAAAUAAAUUAAUCAUUUAUAUUAAUAUUUAGUAAAAGCCUACUAGAUGUGAAAUUUCACGUGGAUUAUUUAAUGUUAUUUUUACAAUUAUUUACCAGUGUUAAUUUGAACUUAAUCUUAGUCACUUGGUAAUGGAGCAAUACAAUACAGUAUGGGCCAUUGCAGUUCGGGGUAAUGGAAAACCUUUUACAUUGGAAGCCAGGAGAGGAGAGGGUAAUUGUCAGGAAUUACUGUGUAAGCAGUGUGCUGGACACAUCCGUCCACAGCCUCUUGGUGCAGAGAGAUUUCAACAGGCAGUGGCUACAUUUUCGUGAUCAGACGGUGGUUAACGCAGGUGAUGCCAGCAGAGGUUGAGAUUAAAUCUCUCUCAUACAUCAGUGGAUGAAUGAACAGGGCUCUUACACACACACUGCUGUUUGGCAGGCCUGUGCUUUGCGGUUCCCAGGAUUGAUGAAAUGGUUGUCUUGGAAAAAAAGCAAAAAGAGAAACCUGGAAGGAGAAAGGAAGCACACGAGGGGAGGGCUUCUGGGAUUUAACUCUGAGUGUGGAUUUUUGGUCUUUGUAUGAAUGUCUCACAUUUUUUUUUAACAUGUAUCUACAAAAUUAAGGAUUCAUUAAUUAUGGUAAAAAUAAGGUAAUUUAAUAGAGAAUUAUUUAUAUUAAAAUAAUAACGGUGUAAUUUUUUUUUUACAUUUGCAAAAAGUACAUUGGUUUGGAGAGGCUUUCAACACCCUAGUUUUGAUUUCAAGUGUCUGCCAAGGGCUGAGUCAUUUUCUUUGUUUUCCUUCUGGCCAUAUCACCAGCUGAUGUCCACCAAUACAUUCAUAACAAUACAGAUGCCCAGGACUAGUGUAUUGUAAUAACAUGAUAAUCAAAGUGCUGCUUCUGUUAGUGAUCUAAAGAGCUAUACAUAGAAACCAAUGUGACUCAGUGCAUAUCUGUACUAUACAACUUACCAAUUUUGGCAUCUUGUAUAACGUAACUGUCUAGUAUAUGUACACCAUUAAUUUGAAGUAUGAACAUAUGAGGGAGAGAGAUAGAGUAUGUGUGUAUGUGGGUGAAUGAUCUAUGCUCAAUCUGGUAUUGUUUUAUAAAGUCUCUGAAAAGCCCCGUUAGUCACUGAAGUGUGAAUUGUCUGGAAUUCUAUGUCCAUUUUACAGUUUUUAAUAUAUUAUUCUAUUUAGGGAUACAGAUACUACAUUUAUCAAAUUUAUUUCCUUGAGGACCAAGCUUCCUGUGCUUGUUUUUCACUUAAAGGGACACUCCAGGCACCAAAACAACUUCAGCUAAAUUAAGGCACUCUAACCUCAAGGGAUUAAACCAGUCUCGAACGGUUUUACCUCAAAGCUGCCUCCAGCGGCGAUUUCCAACACUCCCCCCCGCCAGCAUCAGGCUUCAGAAUUUUCAGAUGCAGAAAACGCGGAAUGCCACAUGGCAAGGGUGCCGCUGAUUGGCUGAGAGCAGUCUGUGAUUCCCCAUUAACUAAACUGGCUUGGAAAGAAACGUACCUUUUUCAAGUCAGUUGAAUGGGGAGUCACUGAUUGUCUGAGAGCAUCAGCUCACCGCUCUUAGCCAAUCAGCAGCACCCCUCUCUGGCAACAUUCCUGCGAUAUGCCCCUGCCCGGUGAGUCGGAAAUUCAGAAGCCAGAUGCCACCAGGGGGGAGCGGACAUUGCAGAUGGAUGCUGCUUUGGGGCUAAUCCGUUCAAGAACGGUUUAUCCCCUUGAGGUACGUGUGCCUCCAGGGGCCUCUAGGUACCAUAACAACUUUUAGAUUAAAUUGUAUUGGUGCCUGGAGUAUCCAUUUAAGGACCCAAGCAAUUUUUUGCUAUGUUUGUUCAACUGAAAUUUCCAUCUUUUUCUUUUCUUUUCAUUUAUUGCAUCAACAUAUAUUAUAUACUGAUUUUAAAUUACAAAAAGGGCUUUAAUUUGAUGUGACAUAUAUAUAUAUAUAUAAAUUCUCAUUUAUUAUAUUAAAAAUACAAAAAAUGAUUUUUUUUUUUACAGUUUUGGCAAUAAUCAUGUGUGCAUUACCGAAGCUUAUAAAAAGUAGAUCAAAAUAAAUUAAUUUAUUUGUCUUGAUUUACAGAGUACAUAAAAUUUGUAGGACUACAGUUUAUUUUGGUAGUUACAGGUCACAAAAUAAAAGGCGUAAAAUAACAUUUGAAUGUGAAGCGACUUUAGAAUUUGGUAUGUUUGUCUUAAGCUUAAUAACCAUCACAGAAAAUAAAAUUGCCACACAAAAGUGUAUAUAUUUAUUUAUAUGAAGUAGCAGUGGCUUACUAAGGGGGGUGAGAGUCGGUCUGCCCUGGGUGCCACCAGAUAGGGGGGUGCCAUGACCCUUCAUCCUGGCCCAGGGUCGGCCUUAGGAGUGUGCGAGCUGUGCGGCCGAAACAGCUCACACAUGGGUGACAGGAGAGCAAGGGUGGAGCUAGAGCAGGUACCUGGGUGGAAGAUUUCAUUAUUCUCCUCUCGGGUCUAUGGAAAAAAAAAAAAAAACAUGGUGGACGGGGACGGAGCUUACUGAGCAUCAGGGGCGGAGCUUAUAGCGAGGUGAGGAUAAAAUGGCAGUGGAGGUCUGUAUGUCUGUGUGCCUGCCUGACUACGUGACUGCCUGCCUGUGUGUGACUGUCUGCCUGUGUGUUUGUGUGACUGCCUGCCUGUGUGUGACUGUAACUGUGUGUGUGACUGUCUGCCUGUACCUGUGUGUGACUGUCUGCCUGUUACUGAGUGUGUGUGUGUGUGUGCCUGUCUGCUUGUUCCUGUGUGUGAGUGUCUGCCUGUUACUAAGUGUGUGUGACUGUGUGCCUGUAACUGUGUGACUAUGUGCCUGUAACUGAGCUUGUGUGACUUUCUGUCUGUAACUGCGCGUGUCUGUGACUGUCUGCCUGUAACUGUGUGUGAGGGGUGCAGGGAUUUUGUAGAAGGGGGCAGGGGUUUUGUAUUGGGAUAGGAGUCUUGAAUAAGGGGGGCUGAUUUGUGGAAGGGGAAUGCAGGGGUUUUGUAUUAGGGGGCACUACAGGGGUUUGUAGAAGGGGGAAGGACAUAGGUUUUGUAGGAAAGGGGCAGGACAGGGGUUAUGUAGAGGGGGGUUAACAUGGGUUUGUCAAAACACAGGAUCCGCCCCGGGUGCCAAAUGCACUAGGUACGCCCCUGUAAAGUAGACAUCACAGGCUAUUUACUUAAGGGUAUUUUGACACUUUUGACAUAGCCAUUUGACUGCCAAUCUUUGCUAAAUAUUGUAGUAAUAUCGUUUUUUCAGAUUUUAACAUACUCACAUAUAGCAAGGUCUUUUUCAAUGUGUAUUUCAUAAACCAGAUGUGCUACUCCUGUACAAAAACCAGUACCUCAAAUUGCCAUGUAAGAGACAUGACCAUUUCAGUUUUUACAGUUAGAAUUUUGAUUCAUGGAUUUGAUGGGCUCAUUUUGUGAAAUUAUAGCAGUUGAAUUGUUCAAAUAACCCUAUGAAGUCCUACCAUUUGUAAAAUGAGACACUCCAGGUUAUGUCAUACAGUGAAUAUUGUGCCUUAAAGUGUCACAGUUUUUCUGACCAGUUUAUGUAAAAGUUUGUAAAAAAAUAAAAUACAUUUGUUUGCAUUUUUUAUAUGCACGUAGCAUUUCUGCUAGUAUUUUGUAAAUCUGAUGUGUUCCACUGUGAUAAAACCUCCCAAAUUAUGCUCGGCUACAUCUUCUGAGAACUGCAAUACUCCCAACGUGUGCCACAGACACAAUCAUGUGAAGCUAUAGUGCCAUAUAAGUGACCAUCCUAUUUCAGGUUUUUAGGUAUGAAUUUUCAUAGAAGGAUUUGAUAGGGCAUUGUAGCAAUUUGACUUUUAAAAUGACCCCAUGAAAGCCUACCAUUUGUGAAAGUAGACACUACAGGGUAUCUCAUAUGGUGUAUUGUGCCCUAAUGUGUCACCAUUUUCCCACCAGUUUAUGUCAAAGUUUGGAGAAGAAAAAAUUGUUUCGUUUUUUUUUACAUGCACGUUGACUUUCAGCAGAUAGGAUUCUUUGUCCAAUACAAGUGAAUAAUAGGCUUCUUUAUGAUCCCCAUAAACAAAAAUGUAAUUCAGGGAUACUGGGAGGGAAGGUACCAUGCCGCCUUCCUGGUAGUAAAUGACGCAGGGUUCUAGGCAAGAUACUCCUCAGCAUAGAGAUUGAUUUGCGUUGCAAUCGUCCCUAAAAUAUCCCCAAGGAACAACUGCAUAAACUCCACUGGGCCAUAGCUGGACAUAUCAGCCUGUGUGCCUGAAGUUGCAGUAAAGGUAGCCAUUUGCCGUUGCUGAUAGGCCUAGGACACUGAGGCACCCAGCAACAGCGUUAACUCCACAAUUGCUGCAGCUAUGUGGCGUUAAUUUUAGUACAUGACAGAAUUACUCCUUCAGUGGACCUCAUGGUAUGGAGUGUCAUGAUGCAAUUCCAUCAACGGCCGUUAAAGGGGACAUUUUCUACACCAGAACAACUUCAUCUAAAUGUGCAAUGUGUGUGUAUUAUUAUUUUUAUUAUUGUGUGUAGGGGUGCAAUGUGUGUUGGGGUGCAGUGUGUGUAGGGCUGCAGUGUGUGUAAGGCGUGCAAUGUGUGUGUAGGGGUGCAGUGUGUGUGAGGGGUGCAAUGUUUGUGUAAGGCUGCACUAUGUGUGGGGGUGCAGUGUGUGUGAGGGGUGCAAUGUUUGUGGGGGUGCAGUGUCUGUGAGGGAUGCAGUGUGUGUGUGAGGGGUGCAAUGUUUGUGUAAGGCUGCACUAUGUGUGGGGGUGCAGUGUGUGUGAGGGGUGCAAUGUUUGCAUAAGGCUGAACUAGGUGUGGGGGUGCAGUGUGUGUGAGGGGUGCAAUGUUUGUGUAAGGCUGCACUAUGUGUGAGGGGUGCAAUGUUUGUGUAAGGCUGCACUAUGUGUGUUUGUGAGGGGUGCAAUGUUUGUAUAAGGCUGCACUAUGUGUGGGGGUGCAGUGUGUGUGUGAGGUGCAAUGUUUGUGUAAGGCUGCACUAUGUGUGGGGGUGCAGUGUGUGUAGGGGUGCAGUGUGUGUGAGGGGUGCAAUGUUUGUGUAAGGCUGCACUGUGUGGGGGUGCAGUGUGUGUAGGGGUGCAGUGUGUGUGAGGGGUGCAAUGUUUGUGUAGAGGUGCAGUGUGUGUGGUGGUAUAAAGCCUAUAUUGUGUAUGAGGGUGGGAUAAGAUGGGACUGGGAGCAAAUCCAUUCUUCUUCAGUCUGUUCCCUACUGUGUUGUCCUGAUUUCAUGCUUUUUCCAACUCUCAGCAAGUCAUGUUCCAUUUCCCCAUCUCACAUCUUUCCCUAGUCUCACCCUGCUAUAGUCCCAGUAAUGUAUCUAAAUUCAAACACAUAAUUUCUGCAUAUUUCAUGCAGUUCAAGUUAAGUAUUCCUUUUCAGUUUUACUUCAUCACUUCUCUUUCCUUCUUCAUAUGACCUUAUAUUUUCACUUUACAUGUCAUGUUCUCAUCAUUUUAAUUCUCCAUGGCAGCAAUUGUCACUAGAUCUUAAUUCUCAUAUUUUAUUAACCUCGUGUAUUUACUCACUAUGACAUUAUUUAUCAAUUUUAGUUCUCUUAAAAGAAACCUACUAAGCACCAUGACCACUAUAUCACACUGAAGUGGUUGGUGGUAGUAGUGCCCUGGUACCCCAAUCCAAUUUAAAUAGUCAAACCAUUUGCUAAUGUUUUAACUUCUUAUCUGGGGUCUGAUGGAUGCUGCACCCUGCCUCUUCCCUUUGGGUCCUGAUAGUCAGAAGCUCUGGCAAAGCAGGGCCAGCUCAUUGGCUAAAAGUGGCUGCUGAUUACUCUCAGCCAGUAAACUAAGACCUGAAUCACCAGGCUUAACUCAGUGCUGAGUGCUUUCAUCUCUCAUUGAGGCAGAGCGGCAUUUAGAGAACCUUUUCUCUCUUCUGUCAUAUCACUAUUGGUGACAGCUGCAAAAAAGCAAGAUCUCCAUGUUCUGGAGACAUAAACCACAAGAUAAACUGAUUAAAGGAUCACUAUAGGGUCAGGAACACACACAUGUAUUCCUGACCCUAUAGUGUUAACACCACCAUCUAGCCUGCCUGGGCCCCUCAUACCUCCAUAAAUAUAGCAAAAUCUUACUACAUUCAAGCCAGAAGCUGUAACUCUGCAUGCUGUGUGCCUAAAAAAAAAAAAAAAAGCAGUCUGCUGACAUCAGCAGAAGUGGUAGCCUGAUCCAAUCACAAUGCUUCCCCAUAGGAUUGGCUGAGACUGACAAAGAGGCAGAUCAGGGGCAGAGACAGCAUGAUUCAAACACAACCCUGGCCAAUCAGCAUCUCCUCAUAGAGAUGAAUUGAAUCAAUGAAUCUCUAUGAGGAAAGUUCAGUAUCUGCAUGCAGAGGGAGGAGAUACUGAAUGUUUGGAUGCAUUUUAGGCAGCCAUGACCCAGGAAGUAUCUCUAACAGCCAUCUAAGGAGUGGCCAGUGAAGUUAUCACUAGGCUGUAAUGUAAACACUGCAUUUUCUCUGAAAAGACAGUGUUUACAGCAAAGGGCCUGAAGGUAAUGAUUCUACUCACCAGAAUAAAUUCAAUAAGCUGUAGUUGUUCUGGUGACUAUAGUGUCCCUUUAAUGAAUCCAUAAUGGGAUCGUUAACCAUAAUUCAGAACUUCAGAAUUAUGUUUCCUUUCUAUGCAUUUUUAUUUUAAAUAAGCUUAUGGCUAGGAUUACGGUUAAAGCUAUUUGUGGCUCUGGACAUUAUUUCAGCCUCUUAUCUCAGUUCACCAUAUCAUUAAAAGAAGAAGGCUGAAUUAAAAUGUGGCUGCUCCAAAUAGCAGCGGGUUUAGGACAGGUCGGGGCAAAUAUUUUCUGGCGCUGCCCUGAAUUUAGUACUUCUUGAUUAAUGUACGCACACUGUGGGAUUCAAACACGUGAUAUGCUUGUUAGAAUAAUAUAUAUGUUCAGGCUGUGGGCUUGUAGUUAUGGUAGGAGUUAUUCCUGUAUUUAAAACACCUAGCAGUUAGUACCUUCAAAACUGCAGGCAUCUUCAAUAGAGUUGAGUGGACACCUGGAUGUUCGGGAUAUUCGGGUCCGGCAGGUUCGGCCGAACUUUGAAAAAAAAGUCCAGGUUCGGGCUCAAACUUAACCCCGAAUCCCACUGAAGUCAAUGGGACCCGAACUUUUGGGCACAAAAAUGGCUCUAAAAAACUCCUGGAAAGGGCUAGAGGGCUGCAAAAUGAAGUAAAAUGGGGGUAAGAUUAGGAAAAGUGCCUUGCAAACAAAUGUGGAUAGGGAAAUCACUUAAAAUAACAUAAGAUACAUAAAAUAAGCAGCCACUUAGUAGAUAACUCCCUAAUGUAUAGGGAGCUAUCUACCAAAAGGCUGAAAGACCUAAAUUGGUCUUUCAGCCACAUUUACUAAUACUAAGUAAAGUUUACUUAGUAUUAGUAAAUUCAGCCCCUACUCGCUAUACCGCAAAUAGGGGUGUAUCUAGUAAACAGUGAGCAGCUGGUGGCUGCUCACUGUAAAAAAAAACAAAAAAACCUAUUGCCCCCACCCCUGUGCGGCAGGUGGGGGCCCUAAAUAAGAAUGUGAGGUGGGGACCUACUUCCUCCCCCCCAGCCCCCGAGCGGUGGGUUGGGGCCAUCAAUAAGAAUUUGGGGGGGCCUACUGUCCUCCCCCCGGCCCCCACCACCUUGCGGCGGGUGGGGGCCCUAAAUAACAAUCGGGAGGGGACCAACUGUCCUCUCCCCGGCCCCCACCCCUGAGCGGUGGGUGGGGGCCACAAAUAAGAAUUUUGGGGGGGGACCUACUGUCCUCCCCCCCGGCCCCCACCCCUGCGCAGCGGGUGGGGGGCCUAAAUGACAAUAAGGGGGGACCUACUGUGUCGGUUAUUAUGGAUUUUUAUUUGGCCUUUUUGGGGGCUGAAAAAAGAAGAUUUUAGAAGAAAGAAGACCUUUUUUUUUUUUUAAACAGGUAUUUAGAUAAGGGUCCCCCCUCAUUAUUUUUAGGAUGAGGGGUAAUUUUUUUGGGGGGAAGGGGGUGACUAGGGGUUUGGGGACCCCUAGUCACCUGGGGGGAGGGGGGUAAAUUUUUAUUUAGGGCCCCCACCCGCCGCACAGGCUUUUGAACAGGGGUCAUUUAAUUUUUUUCAUUGUUUCCAUGUUUUGUUUUAGGAUUGUGCCAUUCUGUUAUAACCUACAGUUAAAUAUGAAUCCCAUCAGAAAAAAAAUAAAUGUGUUUUGCCUGCUCACUCAUGUUUUCUUUAAAAAUGGUACAUAUAUUACCAAUUCUCCAAGGGUAUGCAAACUUUUGAGCACAACUAUAUUUAUUAUUGUUGUGCACAGAGCAUUUAACUCAUAUUCAGUUUUGAUCUGCAUAUUGUAGUUAGCUAGCGCAGCUUCUUUACCCAGAAGUAGGUGCCCUCGAAGGCACAGUAAGACUCUUUCUUUUAUAUAGUGCGAUAUUUAGUCACCCGAAUUCAUACUAUCAUAUCAAGUGAAGAGAAACUAUAUAUCUCUUUAGCUGUGACCUGAGGGAUUUGUUAAACACUUCUGGCGAUAGAGAAUUUUCUAGCCGUGAUUUUACACUCUCUUAUCUAUUGGGGUAUAUACCAGCUAGUUGUUUGAAGUCUGACUAGACAGCACAGUGUUUUCUGUUUAGAGGCAGGUGCCAUCGAAGGCACAGUAAGAUUCGUUCCACUAUACAGUAUAACAAUAUUCAAUUACUAUACUUUUUUGUAUUCUAUGUAAAUUAUACUGAGUGAAUAUCAUACGUUAGCUAACCAGCCAGACUGACGAGGAUCUCUUUAUAGACCCUUUUUCACCCCAUAUCUUCUGAACGAAUAUGAGUACAUAGUAGGGAGUCAGACUGAUAAGGAUUCUCUACGGAUUUGUUUUACUGCAUAUCUCCUGUUUUAAAUACGAUAUCUAAUAUUAGACGGACUAAGCCUAGACCCAAUAAUCGAGUACAGAUAAAUUAAGAUUCAGACUGUGCAAAACAAUGCAGACUUAUGUCCGUCUAUACUAGAUUCAGCAAGUGAUCGAGAUAAAACAAAUUGAUACAUUACGAUAUUUGGCAAAAUGAAUUCAUAUCCAGCUGGUACUUUCUAUCCAAACAUCCUAUUAUAACUAUAUAGUUACAAUAUAUUUAAUGCUAACUUUGAUUCUGUGCCAGCAAGUACGAUCAUUUGUCUGUAUAUUUUCCUACAAAUCUUUUGUGGGAAACUGAGGUUUUUAUAACCAACAUUUAUUUAUUUGUUUUUUCUUUUUAUAUUUCUUGUUCACUUUAUAGACUUUUCUAAUAAAAGUUACGUUUUAAAUGUAAUAUAUUAACAACAUCUCUUUAGGGCAGUGUUUCUCUUCUUUUCACUAUAUCUUAUUCUAUUUAGGGUUACCCCCUUUACUGCCUUAUCUACCUAUGCUUAGACAGUUCUCGCCUUCUCGUGCACAGAGCAUGCUUUUUUAGCUGUGGCUGAAAUACAUUAAACUUAAACCUCUGAAGUUCAUUUUUUGAUAUAUAUAAUAUAUUACGGUAUAUAGGUAGUCCCAGAUAAAUGUCUGAUUUGACAGAAUGCUUGAUUGCAUAGGCGAUUCGGAUAGCAGCCUGAUUUUAUCACCAAAUCCAAAGCAUGCAGAUAUGAAACGACAAUAAACACAAGGAAAAUUUGAUUUUGUAUAUAUUGAUAUAAUGUAAUAUUGUAUAGUCAUGGGUGUAUUUUGAAAACAUGUGUGAAGGAUAAAUGACAACUGUGAUAGGCUAAUCAAUCUCAAAUGAAUCAACUUAUAUAUACAGGUAGUCCUAUGAUAAAUAUAAUAAUGAGUGACAGAAUCAGGUGCAUGGGCAACAUUGAUAGCGCCAUUUUAGUAAACUCCAAAACUGCAUGAAAAUAAAACGACAAUAAUACACAAUUCUAAAAAUGUUGAUUUUGUAAUAAGAUAAACAAAAAUAUUGUAAACUUUGUAGGGUGUAUUUUGACUCUUAGUUACAUCUGGUGAAGGGAAAUACUUUGAAUCAGGGAGAUAGGCUGAAUAUUUAAUUUAUCGGUGAAUCGGGAUGGUGUAUAUGGCAAAUAAUGUAAUAUUGUAUAGUCAUGGGUGUAUUUUGAAAACUUUUAAAUACACUGUGAAGCUAUCAACUCAUGAAUCAACUUAUAACAACACAAUCCUUGUCAGGCAUAUAUAAUGGCUAAUCAAUCAGGCCUCCUGGGCAACUUGAUAUGGGCGUCUCACAGGUAGUAUAUAAAUAAAACAGAAAAAACAGGGGUAACGAAUAGUGUAAUCCAGUUGAGAUCAAAAGAUUAAGUAAAAUAAACAAAAAUCACACUCACAAACAAAGAGCUUCCAAAUCAGCUCUUAGUUAAUAGCUUGAGGUGGUAUAAUUCCCGCUCAGGGAUAUAGCUGAAGAUUUUAUUUUCGGUGAAUCGGUUUAUGGUAUACAUAAUGCAAAUACAGAAAUGGAGAAAAUAUAGUGCUCUCUGUUUGUAUUAAUAGAUAUAUAAAAAAAUAAGGAAAUGUACUUUCCAGAGCACAAAUAUGCCCUAUGGAAUCAGCUUGGGCGAUACAAUCCCCACCUGGGAUAUAUGUAGAUAAAGAAAGUGCAGCAGUGUCGACAGCGAUCCACAGUAUAAGAGAGGUAUUCAAUUGAAGCAGGACCAGCAAUGUUUAGUAGAUGGUAAAAAUAAAUGUUAUUCCAAAUGACCAAAAAGCUAAUGUAAAAGCAAAUAUAACUAAAAACAAUACUGAUAAAAUCACAACACAUUUUGCCAGUUAGGCUUUUAUAAAUGAAAGUACAAAAAGGGUCCUGCAUAUAAAGAAAAAGAGGUUAAUGAUGUCAUCAGGUCACAUUACUGCAAAAAAACACAUGUUAAUCUUAAUUGAUUAACAUGCAGAAAUUAAAAUACAGAAAUAUGAAAUAAAAUAGAUAUUGAAUACAAUGUUCAAUGUUUAUUUUAUUCCAUAUGUAUGUAUAUGUAAGGAAUAUUUCAAUAUAUACUGAAUAUAUUUUACAAUAUUCAAUGUUUAUUUUAUAACAGUAACACUAAUGGUUACUCUAACCAAAAGCAAUACUUUAUUAAAAAAAACAGGUUUUUGGUUUGAGUAAACUUCUAACAAGUAAGAAUAGCAUAGUCUUUUUUAGUCAGUGGUUAUUGCAGACACGGUCUACAACAGUUGAAGAUGUGAGAUGUGUUCCAUAAGAAUUAUCUAAGGUGUAGAUCAGUGCUCACUGCCUACCCUCAGCGAUGCAGGCGCCGUUCUCUCCAUUUCUAUAUAAAAAAAACAAGAUAAAGAGGGAAACGUAUUGGAACAGCUAUAGUAGCAGACAGGUGUAUAUCAUGGUUGACUCAGGGCCAGCUAGAUGGACAUUAGGGGAACUGUAGCUCGUUAACAUGUGCUCCAUCAGCUGAUCGUCUGCAAUAAGCACAGCCAGAUUUCAGAAUUAUCAAGCCCCAAUACUGCUGUAAGAAAGUCAGUGCUCCAUCAGCUGAUUGUCUGCAAUAAGCAAGGUAGCCUUUUGGAAGCUCAAACUAAGACUUUAUCCUGCACAGCAUAAUUUAUAUUUAAUUUAACCACCCUGUACGUUUAUUUUAUACAUCCUGUGUGCAUUGUAUAUUUUAUUGCUUUUAUAUCUAGUCUGUCAUGCUAAAGUGUAGUUUUGCUAGCCCUGUAUGUAAUUAUUUUAUUCACCUAUGUGCAUUCCUCUGUUUCCCCUCUGAUUUCUGACUAACCUCUGACCCCUCCCUUCUUUUAUUGAUAUGUUUGGUUUUAUUUGAAUAACCAUCCCUUCAGCUCUGUGCCUAGCUACAUAUCCUCCUCCCUCAGCUUUAUUGCAAGCCUAUCUGACCCUUACAUAUCUUUAAUCAACAGCUUGAUUUCAAACUAUCAAGCCUCAAUACUGCUGUAAGAAAGUCUGAUACCUACCCUAUGCUCAUUAUUACAUUUAUAGAUUGUCUGUCACACCCACAUUUUAGAUAAGUAAAAAUAACAGGUGUACACACUGUCUCUUAUUAGUACACUCUGCACUUUCUUAACCCAUGAAACUUAAUAUUUACCCUACCUUCACCUGCUCUUGAUAUUCAAAUUAUCUCUAAUUUACUUUUUCCCAGUUUAGCAAUGAUCUGUCUUCUCCUCAGUAUAAAAAUCUCUCCUUACACCAACUUCACUCAUAACCUCAACCACUUUUACAUAUGUUUAUCUCUGCUACACUCCCCCCUUCUCUCAUCUCAUGGCUUGUACUCAUUUUUCUACUUUCUCAUUCCUACCCACAAUCGAUCUCAUCCUAGACCCCAUGCAUACAAAACCCAUUUACACCACCUGUCACUUUCUCUCCUCCUGCUUCUAGCAGCUGGUGAUGGCUCUCCCAAUCCAGGGCCCUUCACCUUCUCUACACACACUAAGAAAACCAGAAAACCCACAAACCUCAUCACAAUACCCUGCCCUUUACCCUCACUUACCAACAUUCAGUGUGCACUUUGGAAAGCCUGCUCCGUCUGCAGUAAUUUAAAAUCAACAGCCAUACAUGACUUUUUCAUCUCAAACUCACUUACACUUCUUGCACUUACAGAGAUCUGGCUGUCCCCCUCUGAUAGCGCUACUCCUGCCUCUUUAUGUUUUGGUGGGCUACAAGUCUCUCACACUCCUAGACUCAACUGUAAAGGAGGUGGUGUAGGCGUCCUUCUCUCUCCUCAAUGUACAUUUCAACCAAUCAUAACUGCCACUUCCCUAUCCUUUUCUUCUUUUGAAAUUCACAUUGUCCACCUCUUCAAACCCACUCCUUUAAGAAUCAUCUACCGCCCCCCCUCACCCCGCCACUCCCAGUCAUCUUAGGCUAUUCAUUGAGCACUUUUCUUCCUCGCUUCUCCACUUCCUCUCAUCUAGCACUCCUUCCCUUAUACUUGGGGAUUUCAAUAUCCCAAUCAACAACCCCAUCUGCACUGAUGCCUCUCUUCUGCUCUCUGUAACCUCCUCCUUUGGCCUCAGGCAAUGGUCCAAUUUAGCAACCCAUACAGUGGGAAACACUCUUGAUCUCGCCUUCACCAAUCUCUGUACCGCCUCUAAUCUCUCCAAUAUUCCUUUUCCUCUAUCAGACCACCAUCUGCUGACUUUUGACAUCGGUAUACCUAAGACCCAAUUGACACCACCGUCUAAAUAUCAAUCUCACAGAAACCUCCAAUGUCUUGACCUAGAGCAUUUCUCCACUAAUCUUCAAACUCUCCUGUUACCUAUCUCAAACCUCACCUGUCCUAGCUCUGCAAUCUCCUUCUACUAUUCCACCCUCUCCUCCCAACUAGACAUCAUGGCAUCUCCUACAUUUAAACGCAGAAAGCGCCCCUAACAAAAACCUUGGCACACCAAGCUGACUCGAUACCUCCAAAAAUGCUCCAGAACUGCUGAACACUGUUGGAGAAAGUCUCACUGUGUGUCUGACUUUCUCCACUAUAAAUUUAUGCUGCGCUCAUACAGCUUGGCUCUUGGCUCUUUCCUCUGCAAAAGUAAAUUACUUCAAUACCCUCAAAAUCACACUCUCCCGUGAACCCAAUCGACUAUCUCACACAUUCAACUCUCUUCUUCAUCCUAUUGUUCCUCCUUCACUGGCAAGAUCUCUAUGUCAGGGUUUCUUUAAACAGCAACCCUUCCUUUUUCAGUGUCUGAGCUUUCAGCUGAGAUUAACGAUCAGAUCCUUCAGUAUGUUGCCACGGUUACUCACCUGAGAAUAGUAAUCAACCCUGCAGAUAAUCAGUGCAGCCUAUUUAAGCAGCAAAUCCCAGAACCUCCUUGCCCUUGCGUGGUUUCCUGUUGCCCAGAAGUCUUCUUGUUCCUGUGUUUCCUGUUUGUUCCUGGUUCCUGACUCUGGCCUUGUUCCUGACUUCGCUGAUCUACGUUCUCCUGAUCCUGGCUCGUCUGACUACCCGCUCUGGUGACUGACCCCUGCUUGCCUCCUGGACUUUGCUUUUGGUUAUUUCUUUAUUUGUUAUUUAUUAAUAAAGGUGUUUUUGCAUCUAGUUCUGUCUCUGUCUGGUUCCUGGUCCCUAACACUCUACAAUCAGGGAAGAGAUCUCUCAUCUUUCUUCUUCCCCUUGCCUCAUUCCCUCUGCUGUUCUUUGUUCAUUCGCACCCAAUACAUCGGAAGAGGUUUCUGCUCUGCUCCAGUCCUCCUGCCCCACCGCCUGCUCCCUAGAUCAGAUUCCCUCGCAUCUGAUCCAUACUCUGUCUUUUUCUCUUUCUCUACCUCUCACUAAAAUUCUCAAUCUCUCUCUCUCCUCUGGCAUAUUUCCAUCACCCUUCAAACAUGCAACUGUUAUCCCCAAUUCUAAAGAAGCCCAACAUUGACCCUAACUCCCUGUCCAACUACCGUCCUAUCUUGCUACUGCCUUUUGCAUCCAAGAUCCUUGAAAGAGUUGUGUAUGUGAGAUUGACAGACUUCCUCGAGUCCAACUCUCUGCUAGACCCGCUUCAGUCUGGUUUCCCGCGCUGAGCACUCUGAGGAAACGCACUGACCAAAGUAUCCAAUGAUCUACUCGCUGCAAAAUCUCGUGGUCACUACUCUAUCCUAAUUUUCCUUGACCUUUAUGCGGCUUUUGCCACUGUUGAUCAUCAACAGAUUUUUCUCAUCCUCCACAAUAUGAGUCUAUAAGAUAUUGCUCUCUCCUAGCUCUCCCAGUGCUCUUUCAGUGUUUCUUUCUCUGGCUCUGCUUCUUCUCCCAAACUCCUCUCUGUUGGUGUCCCCCAAGGUUCAGUCCUUAGUCCCCUACUGUUCUCUAUCUACACUGCCUCCCUUGGUAAAGUCAUUAGCUCCUUUGGCUUCUAAUAUCAUUUCUAUGCGGAUGACACGCAAAUCUAUCUGUCCUCUCCUGAUCUCUCCCUGUCCCUCUUGACUAGUGUCUCUGACUGCCUCUCUGCUAUUUCUAACUGGAUGGCUGCCCACUUCCUUAAACUCAAUUUGACCAGAACUGAAUUUCUGGUCUUUCCUCCCUCAAGUGAAUUUCUGGUCUUUCCUCCCUGUGUCGGUCUCCCUCCAAGUCAACAUUGCUACCAUCAGCUCCACCACGCAGGCUCGCUGCCUAGGUGUUCUCUUUGACUCCGACCUCUCCUUCACUUCUCAUGUUCAGUCUAUCGCCAAAUCCUGCCGCUUCCAUCUAAAAAAUAUUGUGCGCAUCCGACCCUACGUCAGAUGCGACUAAGGUGAUGGUCCAUUCCACUGUAAUUUUUUGCCUUAACUACUGUAAUCCGCUUCUCAGUGGUCAUACGUGCUCCCAACUUGAGCCGUUACAGUCCAUAAUGAAUGUGGCGGUGAGGCUCAUCUUCCUGUCCACCCGCACCUCCCACGCCUCACCUCUCUGUCAGUCCCUACAUUGGCUUCCUGUAAGAUAUAGGGCUCAAUUUAAAAUUCUGGUUCUUGCUUUCAAAUCUCUACAUAAGGCUGCUCCCACCUAUCUAUCCUCCUUAAUACACAAGUAUGUCCCGUCUAGGCCCUUACGCUCUGUUGAAGAAUUACGUCUAUCUUCUGUCCGUACUCCAACCUCUGAUGCUCGCCUUCAAGACUUCUCGAGGGCUGCACCUAUGGAACUCACUUCCCUCCUCCGUUAGAUGCUCACGCAGUCUCCACUCCUUCAAAAAAUCAUUAAAAACCCACUUCUUCAUAAAAGCGUAUCAAUUAAACUGUUAAUAGCUCCCGACUGAUUCCUCUCUUGCAACUGUCAUUAGCCUAAUACUAUCCUUACCUUUUUGUGUCAUUUUACCCCACUCCCUCUAGCAUUUAAGCUCAUUGAGCAGGGCCCUCAACCCCUCUGUUUCUGUGUGUCCAACUUGUCUGGUUACAACUACAUGUUUGUUUGUCCACCCACUGUAAAGCGCUGCAGAAUUUGUUGGCGCUAUAUAAAUAAUAACAUAAUAAUAAUGUGCAGUGCUAGACAUAACUAUCACUCUUGUAAUUGAAUAGUUAAUGAAGUAGCCAUAGUGAAAAACAGAAUAGUUGCAAGUAAGGUUUCAUGUGUGGUUAUGACAGGACCUGUCAUCAGAACAAUUACUUCACAUAGUACUUAGUGUUAGUUACCAUACUAGUAAUGGAAAAUGAAAAGAAAAUGUUUAUACUUGACACUUGACAAAGAAAGUAUUGACGUUUUGUAAGCUCAGUAAUGCGUUAACAUCCAAGAAAGAAAAAUUGAGCAUAAUGCAAUAAGCAAUAGAGACUAAAACUACAGUCAAUUAAUAAAAACUAUUUAUUGUUGGUUUCAUAAGAAAAGCAGUGCCUGAAAACAAUGUGUGAAUGUAUGAAAAACAACUCUGGGGCAAAGUUCUAAAUAUGACACAAUCACCAUGGAAACCAUGCAACUGAACAUUCUUGCUGAGUAUUCUGCCUUUAGAAUUCUUACCCAGAAUUUAAAUGAAUACAUACCUCUGUGAGUCAUGAAAGCAUAUGAUAGUCAAACAGAAAGCAAUGAGAUAUAGGAAUGUUAAACCAUGGGCAGUCUAUGAUAGUCAGCAGGGUGCCAGAUUCGUUGUGACUGGUGGGCAACCUGUGGCUGGCUCUCCAAACAUUGGUGGCUUGCAUGUUUUAUCCUGAUCCCUGUACAGCAGUCUGAUUAAGAGUGAUAAAUAUAACCAUUGCAAGUCACUUGAGUGACAAUGCAUUUGAGCUAAAUGUUUCUGUGGUUAAUCUGAAUACAAAGGGGUUAAUAGAGACCCUCAUUAGAGUGACAGAGGCUUCCAACAUGUAAGCACAGAAACAUCACUAGCAUUAAGCAAAGGAUCAAAUCCAGCUCACAUCCACUUUAGGAUAAGAAGUACCAGAGACAAAGAGAUCUAAGCAGAAAAGAGAGCAGAGGGCAACAGGAGGCCGGAUGGAAGUGCAAGAUGCUUCUUCCAAACCUCAGUCACUCUUGCAGGGGUUAAGUCGCUCUUCAAAGGCUUCUCCAGAUAAGUCCUGCUUUGAGCCUGUAUAUUUAUCAUAAGACAACAGGGCAAAUUCUAUCAAUAUCCGUUAGCAAGGCUGGAAAUUCCAUUUCAACAUAUCUCGUCUGCCUUAACUCUUCAUAUCACAAGGAAGUCUUUUUCUCUAAUUCAUUAGUUGUAACUCAAAUUAUAUAAAUAAAUUCAAUAUUUAGCAUUCAUCAGCAUUGAUCACCGGUAAUUUAUAUAAACGAUGAAUAAGCUUCGUUAUCACUUUGGUCUUUUCUCACCUCUAUAAAACCACCUAUUCCUAAGCAUUGUUUGUGGUGAUGUGAGGGAAUUUGCAUAUAUCAGAGUUUUAUGUUACACAUUGUAAUUAUAUCUUGCCUCCACAGAAAUUUCACUUUUUUUUUUUUUUACUUUCGAGUGGAAUAUAUAUAGAAAUAUGUAUAUGUUUGUACAUAAUCAUGCCUGUCUAAAGCUUUGGUCUAUGUAUGUAUAUGUACUAAUAAAGCGUAAAAUAAAUGUAAGGGUCUCGAACAAAAUUAUAUUUACCAUAACAUUCAACAUGAAUUUAUGUUCUUUCUUAGAUAUUCGUGAUAAAUAGGCUAGGUGCCCAGACCACAUUAAAUUAAUGAUGUAAUACAGACCUCUGUGGUUUUUAGGUAACCUUAGGGCUACAGAAAAUAUUUAAGGCUAUAAUUGUUCUCUACGCUGCCAGAUGGGACUAUCUUAGUCUGGACCUAAUUUCUGUCUUUCUAUUCACACAGCAAACAAACAGUAUAGUCCAGCAUGUCUGCAGUAUUCUUUUAUUAUGAUGCCAUACAGAAAUGACAAUGUUUGGAUCAGUUGCCUGGUCAUAUUGAGCUGAAUGCUGAACACAACCAGGAGGUGUGCUGGAACAUUAUUUUUCUAUCGGUUUAAUCUUGGUUGCAGAUUUGGAAUCAGUGUACACCCUCCUUACUUGUGUUCUCAAAAUGAUACUUUAAACACCAGAAUAACCUUAGCUUAUUGAAGAGUCUUGAUUAUAGCCCAGUCUCCCCGUUUAAUAAACGGUCAUUUAGGAGUUAACAUCACUUUGUUUAUGCAGCCCUAGCCACACCUCUCCUGGUUGAGCCUCUUCAUGAAACACCAAAAUGUUUAGCUUUCCUUGUUGCAUUGUGUGUUUAAAGGACCACUCUAGGCACCCAGACCACUUCAGCUUUAUGAAGUGGUCUGGGUGCCAGGUACCUCUAGGAUUAACCCUUUUUUUAAUAAACAUAGCAGUUUCAGAGAAACUGCAAUGUUUAUACUGAGGGUUAAUCCAGCCUCCAGAGCCUCUAGUGGUUGUCUCAUUGACAGCCGCUAGAGGCGCUUGCGUGCUUCUCACUGUGAAAAUCACAGUGAGAACAUGCAAGCGUCCAUAGGAAAGCAUUGUAAAUGCUUUCCUAUGCGAGCGGCUGAAUGCACGCGCGGCUCCUGCCGCGCAUGCGCAUUCAGCCGAUGACGUCGCGAGCAAGGAGGAGAGGAGAAGUACAGCUCCCCGCCCGGCGCUGGAGAAAGGUAAGUGUUUAACCCCUUCCUCUCUCCAGAGCCCGGCGGGAGGGGGUCCCUGAGGGUGGGGGAGUAUGUUUUCCUGGCACUAUAGUGGUCCUUUAAAGGGAUACAUUGCAAGCCCUCCACUUCAAGCCCCUCCCUUUCUGUCUGUGGCUGUCCAAUCACAGACUUCCCAAUGUAGCUUAAUGAGAAGUCUUUGCAAGGCAGGUGCUCUGGGCAAUUGCUGCCUAUUGAGUUAGCUCCACCGAGCAAAACAAAACCAGGAAGUAACAGCAUCUGUUGUCUGCUUGAAAUCCAAGGGGGUGUCACCAUUUUAAUCUAUACAAGUGUCAGAUUCUAUUGAGCCUAUAGUAGCCUCUAGUGUGUGAUUAAAGUUUAUCAGACGGAAGCUCUUCUAAAAGAACAUAAAGUAAACUAACUGUUCUGUAAAAAUGAAAUCUUUUUUUUCCCGGAGGCUGUGUGAGUCACAGCCAGGGCAGGUGUGGCUAGGGCUGCCAUUUAACCUCUAAAUGGCAGAGAACUGAGCAGUUGAAACAGCAGGAGUACUAUGCUACUAGCCAGAUCUUAAAAGUUACUCACCAGUGCAGCCUUGAAAAUCCAUGUCAUACUCACCAGGGGUGAAUUUUGAAUAAAUCCAAAGAAUACAGGCUACACGUAAGUAGCAAUCCAAAAUGCAAAUGGAUUAAUUUCUACUUGCCAUGAAUACAUUUUCAUUUGCCAACGGCUAGUGGUGAGUGAAAGGUUGAAUUCCUUAUCUAUCUCGUACCUCCCAGGUGGAGAGUCCCUAUUUUGGGCCCAAAUCUCACUGCCCUGCUUUUCUAUCCUAAUGUUCCCCCUUUUUAGUACCUCCAUAUUGUUGGAGCGUCUGAGUGUAAAACAGAGCCCUACAGCAAUAAUACAAUAGUGAUAUGUCCUUAAACUACAAUAAAUGUGUUUAAAGUUUAGUUGGUGUAAAUAUUAAACAUUUUCCCAAAUCUCAAUCCUAAUGUUCCCCCUUUUUAGUACCUCCAUAUUGUUGGAGCGUCUGAGUGUAGAGCCCUACAGCAAUAAUACAAUAGUGAUAUGUCCUUAAACUACAAUAAAUGUGUUUAAAGUUUAGUUGGUGUAAAUAUUAAACAUUUUCCUAAAUAACAUUUUAUAUAGUAUAACCUGUUAUUAUAGUCACCUAAAUUGUCUCAUAGUCCAGUCCCUGGCCACAAAUCUUUUUCUCCAUUUCAAAUGUUGGGAAAUAUGCUAUACACCAACACAACUUAAUUAAGUUAAAUUGUGUUGGUGUCUGGAGUUUUUUCAUCUUGUACAAUGUCCUAUAUGUUCCAUGUAUGUUAUUGGUUCACAACAAUUAAAUGUACAUUAAAUGAAGCCCUAAUUGUUAUUUUAGACAAGUAUUGAUUAAAGAUUGUAAAGAUUGUUGUGCUAGUUAGAAAUCUUGUGAUCUCAGUGUGACUAGAUAGGAUGAAGUGAUCAUGGUGUGGUGUCUGCUAAAUAGACACACAGAUCUACAUAGUAGAUACAAUGGAGAAUGCCACAUCUCUACAGGCUACAAGGAGCCAGAGUGUAAUGAAGCAUGAGGCAAUUGCUGCAGAGUGGUGGGAGGUAAGGGGGGGAUUGGGGGUAGGGUAGAGAGAAGGGGCAACAGCCGUGCCCCUACUGUGAGCAGAGACUUAGGGAAUAGGGACAUUACGCCCCUGAGAGGAAAAGUGCAGCGGUAGUCUCUCAAUUAGAGUCACUGUAAUGAAAUUAAAAGCCAUUAGAUCAUUCACCGCUGAGGCCUGCAAGUUACCCACAUGUCAAAGGAAUUUGGCUAAGCCAUCGGGAUGAGAGAGGCCUCGUGAGCAAGGAUGUCUCCCCUGUUGUAAGGGUGGGGUGGGGUCAGAGUGGUUUGGCUGUCUCUGACGCCAACUAUUAUGGUGGAGAGGGAUAUAUAGGCGCCACUUAAAUACAAUCAAAAUGUCAAUGUAGGUUUAUGUAUGCGUAUGCCCAGUAUAAAUGGAGUGAGGGCAGAGCAGACAUACGCAUGCAUAACACAGACAUACACAUUCUCAGACAUUUACAGAGCUUAAUGAAAGGAAUCCCAAUAGAUUUGUUCUUGUAAAACACUUUAUAAAAUAAAUAAAUGUUCAUGUAUCUUUCAAUUUGUACAUAUUUCUCAAGUGUUACAUUCAUUGUAUGAAUAAAAAAAAUAUAUAAUUAUCACCUCUACAUAAAAGAAAGAUAAGAUGCUUAGCGAAUAUUUAUAAGUAUAAAUUUACAAUUUUAAAUAACAUCAUCAUGAAACCAAAAACAGUUAUGGGACAUUGACAAUUAUAUAGUAUGUAUAUACACCUUUAAAAUGUUACCUUUAAAACAAGUGUUAUAAUAUCACAAUUAGUAGGGAAAUCAACACAUUAUCAAGGAAUAACAGGUAUUAUUCUGGCUGCAAAGUUAUAAAUGUUAAGAGACUUUCUAUUGGUUUCCACAGCGAUUACCCGUUAUUUAGCACUUUGCCCCAAAACAGCACCUAUUCUUUACUUGGUAAAUUCCGUGAUCAAUUUUCCCAGUGACAAGACACUGCUUUCAAAGGUGAGGCAGGGUCCUUCAAAUGUAAGGAGCGAUGCUAAAAAUAUGCAAAUGUAUUAGUGUCCUUCCGGAAAACCAUAUGCAUUGUGGGUAUUCUCCAUACUGGCAAUUAAGUUGCACUAAGCACAAUGACUAAUUCUCAUCUAUUCUAAACAGAUGCAGAAUCACUUACUUAUAAUGUGCCCUAAUUAUAAUCUACCCUAACCCUUUUUAAUGUUGUAGACAGUUUAAUGUUGUUGCAAAUUUAACCCAGCAGAUGUAACAUUGGCAUAAAGUGGUCAAUGCAAUAAACUGUAGAUCAUUGACUAGGGCUUGCAGAUUUCAGCCCAAAAAAUCAUUUGCUGAAACUGUUAAAAAUUCCCAUUCUCACAAUUCUUGGUUAAAGAGUUACUCCAACCACCAUAAUUACUUCCGAGUACCUGCAAGGGCAAGCUUCCCCCUCUCCUACCCUCUGUGUGCUCCCUCCUGCCAACCUCCAUUGCCCUCAGUAUUUUCUUCAAACCAUCCCACUCCACUACCACUCUUCCUCCCCUCCCCUUGCUGGCCCAGGGUGCACACAUGCGCUCUGAGCUGGCAAAACAGACGAAUCACCAUCUUCUCCAUUAGAAGCCUGGUUUUGGACCACUCGUGGCCCCAGUGACAUCGGAGGGGGUGUAGAAAUCAAUGCCUGGAGCUUUGGCUGUGGCUGGAUUCCAAGUAAGUAAAAAAUCUUUAUUUUGUAGAUUUUAGGAGGGCCUUAUCCACAGUGCCCAAUAGUGCAUUUUACACAGUCCUCUCUUUCACAAAGGUUGGAGUAACCCUUUAAGGAAUAGGCCCUACUCAGGCUAGUUUACUAAAGUGUGGAUCAUCAGUGAAUUUAAAAUUUUAGGACAAAAUAGCUGAUCGGAAAACAUAGAUGACUUUAUUAUUAUUGGUAUUUGGAAUUUUUCCCAUUCUACUAUUCAGGCCUACAUUUUUAAAUUUACUUUGAAUUCCAGACAACUUUAGAUUGUAAGCUUGUUUGGCAAGGUCCUCUUGACUGUUGUUACCGCAUGUGAUAUAUGUUUUGUUAGAAUUAAAUGUUUGUCUUGUACAGCGCUGCAGAAUAUGUUGGCGCUAUAUAAAUAAUUGUAAUUGUGACUAAACCUGUCCUGUGUUAUUUAGAUUACCCAUGAGUUACCGGCUAACACAAGUUAGUAUCCUUUAUUUCAGUACCCAUUAGAUCCAUGCAGAGCAGAAUGGGUUAAUGUACAUUUGUAUGAGUGGAAACCACUGAAAUUCUUUUUUUUAAUGUGGUAUACAAUCCAAGUAGCUUGGAUCAGAGUUUGCAAACCUGCACAAUGCCGCCUCUGGACUUCUGGUUGCCGCCCCUUCAAACUAUUAUUCAUCCAAGUUCUGUAAACUUUAUGGAUUUUCCAAUUCAGAAAUGGAAAUCUUUGCCUAAAAUUCUAAAUCCAGAGGCUCGGGCUGCAUCACAUAACCCUUUCACUGCUGGAUGCUAUUCAAUAUGUUUGUGGAAAUGUACAAGCAGUGUCAUACAUAUGAAUUGCAUGAAUUCUCAUACAUAUUGUGAGGAAAAUCUUUGAAGCAUGCUUAAAAGAAAGACUCAAAUUUAAAAACAAACAAUAUUUUAAAUUUUUUUUAUAUUUUAGUUUACUGUCCCCUAGUAAAAGAUAUUUCUAAUGCUAUAGCGUUCUCACUACUAGUUAGAUGCAGGACCCACCUAAAUUAAAGUAAAACAUUAUGAAAAAGUUCUCUUACCUUUUUCCAGUGCCGAGACUCACUCGGUGCUGUCCUGUGCUCCUCCUCUGCAAUGUCAAGCUUUCUGGCUUCUCUUCCAAUUUAAUGCUUAUCAUAGAAGCAUUAGGGAAAAAGAUACCUGGAACCAUAACUAUAUCCACUAAAAAGAACAUUUUUGACAUUUUAAAGCAAAAACAGUAGAGUUACUGCACCCAGACCACUUCAUCUCAAUGAAGUGGUCUGGGUGCCUUUAGUGUCCAUUCAAAAAAGGCCUUACACUCACCUUUGCACAGUGCCACCCAGUCCUCCUCUGGUGAAGUAAUUGAUAACUAUUGUCCAAUCAGAUGUCAAACAUGGCACAUGUUUGGCAAUCACAUCAAUCUGCCAAUCCAAUGAUUCUUUAUACUUUGCAUACUGAUGGUGGACAUAACAUUGAUUCAAUAUUUUGAUCUAUCUUUGUUGGAAACUGCUAGUGUCCGUGUGUUAGAGAUGUGGAAAUUGCAAAGUGAAAACAGUGUUAUACCUGAGAUAUGGCAUUGUUUUUAUUUGCAAAGCUGCAUCUAUGCCUCAAAAUUAAUUAAUUAAUUAAGAUAAAACCAUUUUGGUCCUUAGAGUGCACAUUUAAACUCAUCUAAAUAUGACAAAUUGUUUUAUUUGGAAAAAAACCAAAAUAUUAUCCCCAAACCACUCCCAUAAUUCGUUUAAAGGCUGAAAUAUAAUUAUUGCAUUAAAAAAUCAAACAUUUAGAAAAUAGUUUGCUGGGAUGGUAUCAGAUCACUCCUGGCAUCACAACCACUACAGAGUGCUACAGUGAUUAAGGUUUUUGGAGUGUUUCUUUAAGUCUUGCUACAUAGUGAUUCUAGCUGUUCCAUGUCUGUUCUCAAGCUUCAUUGUAAGUGGGUAAAUUGGUGUUUAGUUUAUUGUCAGAAAAGAUUGAUUGAUGACUGCAGAAGGCUCUGGCUACAAGGACAUCCAAAGUUUUGAUGAGGAACGACACGCACCAAUCAAGAUAGAAAGGCUCCUGCGUGAGCCAAAAUGUUGCCUGUUCAACUUCAAUAAAGUCUGUGAUUUUGGAUAGAGAGUAUGUGUGCCCAGAUAACCUCUGGCUACAAGAAAAAACAUAUUUUGACAACAACCAUGACAAGAUUACCUCGGGCUAUGAUUUCUUAUAAUGCACCCAUGGGUCUACUCUCCAUUAGGCUAUAGUGAAAUGACAGUAUAAUGUGAAUUUAUGUUAUUAAAUUGUUUAUUUUAGCGUCUUUCAGUACAAUGUCUCAUGUACAUAAGACACUUUGCAAACCCAUUUAGCAGUGUUUUCUUUUUACAUUUUUAUCUGUCUCUGUAUGGGUUCUAAACCUAAUCGGGAUACAGUUUUGUGAUGUUCAUGUAUCUUUGUUUAUACAAUGGUAAUAUACAUUAUACUAUAUUCAAUCACAACAAAGACAGAUGCUACAUUUCAAGUAGAAUAAUUUUUUAAUAUGACUAUUUUGCUUAUAAAUCACAUUUUGCAUUCACACAAUCAGUGUUCCCUCUAAGACCAUUGUGUGCACCUCUGGGUUUUGCAUUGGCUACUCAUGCUUCAUAAAUGUCAUACAAGAGAACACUGCUUGCUCCCCAUUGGCAACAUUCAUUUUACACAUGCACCUUGCAUUGUGCAGUAGCCUACCGUCCACCAUUUUGAGGUGUGAAAAUGCGAACGGGACGUGGGUGGGGCUAUUGAUUGUGCCAGAGACUCCACUUGUGUCACUGGUUAUGCCCAAAAUGGGCAAUCCUGUGUGGAAAGAGUUGGGGCUGCCAAAAGAGCAGGCAUUUUACCCCGGCAUGGACUGACAUUCAAAUAUGUCUGGAUAUACAAAAUAACUACAAAAAGCUAUAAUUUUACAUGCAAGCAUAGACUUGCCCAAACCACAAUCACAAAUGUAUUUAACUAACUGAACAAGCUCUGUGCCACAGAUGGAAUUAUUGCUCAAUAAAUGACAAAGCUCUAAAUUGUUACAUGAAAUUAUUAACUAAACUUAUAAUUGGAAUUUUUCUUGUGGGACGUCUAAUUAAAGUGGUAGAAUAAGUAUUAAUAAUUGUUAAAAAUAUAUAAUACUUUAGGCAGUGAUAAAUACAUUGCAAUCUAUUUGCUCUCAAGCCAUUAUUUAAAAUGUAGGCUGGUAAUAUGUCAAAAUCCCUAUUUCAGAAUAAUGGCAGAGCGGUUUUAGGCAGCGCAAGGCAUUGGGUGACAUAAUACCAGCUGUUUUUCUAACUUCCCACUGGCAUCAUGUCACUUUCCCUUAGGCGGAUAUUUUAUAGUAAUGCAAUGCAGGCUCUAGACAUGAGUAACCUGCAGUCUGCUGGGUUUUCGGCUCUCACUGGUAUCUUCAAAUCGGUUGUUGCUUGGAGGAAAGUUUUGGGGAAAAAAAGCUGAUUUGAAAAGCAAUUCUAUCUCGGCUAUAGUUACAGUUGGCUAAUUUAAGCCUGUAUAUUACUCUGUAUUUUGCAAUCCACUACAAUUUGAUGUUUAGUGGAUAAAUCCUAAAGAUGUAUUCCAAAUUUGGAGAAUGAUACUGUACAUCUUCCAAUCCAUCCCAAGCAAAAUCCCACUGCUCCAAUUUAACUAAUAAUUAUUAGCAUAUUAUCUUGCGUGAGUUCACUGAUGUAUUAAAACAUAAAACAAUUUCAAGACAGGGUCCUAGCUCUUAGCCAGCAAAUAUAUAAAAUAACACAAAAAAGGGUUUCAAAUAUGGUUUAUUUUGUGAAACCACUAUGCAGUCCCAUUAUAAUUUAAAUUGACAAGUUCUGCAGGAUUGUAAAAUGUAAUGGGGUUCUAAACAACAAACGCAAUGUAAAGAAGUAAAGCUGCUACAAUCAGUACAGCGCUACGGAAUUUGUUGGCGCUAUAUAAAUAAUAAAAUAAUAAUAAUAUUAAGGCUGCAUUGCUGCAUUGAUGGCAAUACUGCAUGAUGUGAAUCUACCAAUAUCUGAUCUGAUAGCUGAAAUGAGAAACAUUGAAAUAAAAUUUUACAUUGUCUUCUGAUAAUGGAAUAGAAACUGUGUAUAUUUUUAACCACAUAGCUGCCAUUUAGUGCCUUGAUGUUCCAAAUUAAAAUCCCAAUAAAAUGUCUCCACCAGACAACUGUGUCAACAUUUCCAGCCUUGGUCUUUAAGUAGAGCGAUUUUGGAAUUAUGCAAGUAAAACAGUAUUUAUAGGGUUUAUAUUUUAAGAUAAUGUCCAUUUGUGCCUAACACAUGCGUCAAUAAUUGAUGUAUCAUACUCCUCAGUAACACAACAGUGUAUUGUUAGAACAGCAUUAUCAAAGAUUUUGUAGAUAAAAAAUAAAUCCUGCUUUAUACGCCCACAAUUCCACAGAAUAGCCAAAUAUCAUGGGUAUACCUAUUCCUGUAUUUUCAAAGCAUUCUUUUAAAUGGACAUUAGCUAGAUGCUCUGGAAGAUGGGUCCAUCUUACCAUUACUUUGUAGCUAUGUUGUUUUCUAAUAUCUUCUGACAUUGCAUAGAGGAUACUAACUUUUUUCUUUUUAAUUAUUAUUUGUAGAUAAUCUUGAAUUCCAUGCACAAAUACCAACCAAGACUGCACAUUGUUAAAGCGGAUGAGAAUAAUGGAUUUGGGUCCAAGAACACUGCUUUCUGCACACAUGUGUUCUCUGAGACUGCAUUUAUAGCGGUCACAUCAUAUCAGAACCACAAGGUAUAGUACAGAUCAUUUAAUUAACCAAUACACAGAUCCUUCCGAGCAACAUCACUUAGGUACAGUUUCUAGAAAUUCUAAUGACUACAGCUGCAGGGGGGAAAGUUGUCUCUUUAUAAAUACUAAUAAUAACAGCUGAUUCAUUUUGGCUCAUCUUUUACAUAUUAUGCAAAAGUGGAAUGGCAUCACUUUAAAUUGACAUAUUUUUAUAUAUGCAGAAAUCUCAUUAAAUUUUUACUUUUCGAUUAGCUCUAUGCUACUGAGCAGAGAUGAGAUAAACAAAACAAACAAACAAACAUACAAAAACAAUAGAAGUACUUCCACUAUAAGGAAAGUGGGCUUAUGUGACCACCUCUGAUUGCUUGUAUGAUGUAUCUGUGUGUCACUACAUGAAGCAUUGGAGCAUGUGGCUGUAGGCACUUCUACAUAAUAAGUGGCAAUCAUGGAAGAGGAAGCAAAAUUGGCUUUCCACUCCAGCAUUCUGAGUCCAUAAAUGUAACUGGUUGAAUGAGAACACAUUCUAUAAUUAACCCUUUAGUGAUUGAAGCUUUUCUGAAAUUCCAGACAUUCCAUGCAGGCCUUUACGGCAAAUUUGCAAUAUGUGUUUGUUCCACUGUACUUUCUUAUUUUCCUACUAAGUGCACCAAUACACAUUAUAUAUCUUUUUUUUUUAUUUUUUAUGGGCAGAUAGAGCUUUCUUCCGAUAGCUUAAAUGUAUACAUAGUACACUAUUAUAUAUAAAUAACAUAUUCAUAUGGGGGAAAAAAUCAAAGAAAACAAAAUCACAGUUAAUAGGUUUUAAAGCUAAGUCUUUGCAAAUGUUAGUUUGCUGAGACUAUAAGUCUUUUUUUGUAGUCACAAACUCUAAAACUACACAACAGCAUGUUAUUUAUAGAAACAAGACAACCUGCCAUACUGGUUAUGAUGUGAGGAGGGCUCUGGCGCAGUUUCACGUUAAUGAGGCAAACCGGUUUACAGUGGUUUGCCCUAUUACCUGAUCUUGCUAGACCAGGGUCUCUUCUGAAGCAUGGUUUACGCAAUCUGAUCCUGCCACUCAUUCAUUGGCUGAGAGAGUCAGCUGACCAGUCUCAGACAAUGAAUGAGAUUCUGUACAUUGAAAUUUGCACAGAAUUGACAUUAGCCAACCUGAAACUCUUCCCGGCUGGCUGAUUUGACCGCACACUUCCAGCAAAGCGGUUAAACUCUGUAUAUGCAACAUUUCAAAGAGAAAUGUUGCAUAUACAAACUUCAGGCACCAUGAACACCUCAAAUCACUCAAGUGGCCAUGGUGUCUAGAGUAAUCCUUUUAACUCCAUGUACUUAACCCUUAACCCAAAGAUAUAUUAUACCCUGUUUAAUAGCAUAAACCUAUAGAUACACACAUUUAAGAAAAUAACAUUACGUUGAAGAGGUCUGAGCGCACCCCUAAUGCCAUUAAUCAAUAACAGCCCUAGAUUCUAGGCAAAUCCAAUAGGUGAUGUCUGAAACCUUUUUUUCAGCAUCUUCAGCCGUCAAUAAGACCGAGAGAGAGGAAUCUGCAGAAGUAAUAAUGGUAGACAAAAAGUUGUUUGUUUUUUUCUCUAACAUACCUACAUCAUUAGUCCUUAUCACUGACUUAUUUAUUGCAACAUCUUUUUUUCCGGGGGAGAGGAGAAGGAGAAGGGGUUCACCACAAGGCUUAUGGACUGACCUAUACUGAUUGAAUUUGCUAUCAGGAUCGAUUCUGAACUAUAGAGAAACAACUUAUUAGCUCACAUUAAACCAAAAGUUUCAAAAUAGAUCACAUACAUAAGGUUUUAAUAGCUGAGGUAUCACCAAACUGCCGAACACCAGACCAGCCUCAUGGGAUCACUGUAUGGAGCUGAGUUGUUGUUUUCUGGAACCAUUGCAACACUUGAAGAACAGUUUGUUGACUGGACUUAGACACUCUAGUACUGUCAGUUGUCAGUUUCUUGUUUGGAUUGUGACCUUGCAGGGAUUAUCAUUUCAUGGACACCAGUGGAUUAUAAAAUUGUCUCCAUUGAACCAUCAUUAUGCUAAAUUGUCUAAUUACAUUUGAAGCCAUGACAUGUAUAUAAAGGGCUGUAAUACGAACAUGGUUUACAGUUAAUAGACACAAAUUCUUCUAAAUCAAAGCAACAGUCUGAAUUAUUUUAUUUUAGUAAUUAUUAUUUAAAAAUUUAAAAUGUACACUGUUCCUAAAAACCUAAUUAUCACAGCUUAAAAAAGUUGUACUUUAAAAAAAGAAUUUUUUUUUUUCCUGAUUUUGGUGUCCAAUAUGCAUUCACCCUGCAUAGUGUUGCAAUAAAGGGGUUAAUGAAUUAAAUACCUAAAUUCCAGUUGCCAAACCUUACUCCAAUUUAUGCACAUACUUUCAUUGGGUUCUGGAAAUGAGUAGGGCCAGACAAUCUUUUUUUCUUCUCUUUUGUAACAUCUGUACACACAUGAAAGGGACUUUUCUGCCCAUAUGGAGAAGUCUUAAAAAAGAAUAAAAAUAAAAAUAUACUUAGAUGCCUGGAAAGAAUUGUGGUAGCACAUUUUCCCCCUUUAAAUAAAUUGAUAUUAGAGUGUGCUAUUUACUUGCAGUUAAAUAAUUGUGCUUAUUAUCUUUUAAUGUACAUGCCUCCGAAAUAUUUUAUUUCUGCCUGUGAAAAAUAUAUAGAUCUACCCAAACACACUCACAUAUUUAUAUAUAAAUAUUAUUUAGCUUUCUAAAUUUUGGCAUGCAGAAUUAUCACCCAAACAGGAUACAUUUCUAGUAAAGUAUGACUUGUUUUAAUUGUGUAUAUAUAUAUAGAUAUAUAUAUAUCUAUAUAUAUAUACGAUAUCGAAUAUAACACUCGUGAGAACUCGUGAUUUAUACUUUUUAGAAAAAAAUACCAGUUCAGGAGUCAGAGUCCAAAUAUAAUAAAAUUCAAUAAAAUGAAUAGAUUCAUCAUUUGGCAAUGUACAAAUAUGACCGGUUUGAAAAAAUCUAAAAAAAUGCUCCUUUUUUGAUACCUUUGACAAAAAUCUAAAUAGUUCUGCUGUUUUAUAGAUAUAGUAUGAUUAUAAUUGUGUAUAUAACCAAUGACCAUGUUUUCAGCUUUUUGUUACUUUGUAUAGAACAGUGCGAUAUGCUGAUCUCAGUCUCAUCUCAUUUACAGAUCACACAGUUAAAGAUUGAGAACAAUCCAUUUGCUAAAGGGUUUAGAGGAAGUGAUGACAUGGAGCUGCAUCGCAUGUCCAGAAUGCAGAGGUAACAUUCCACCAUUGUGCUUUUUAGUGUUGAAGUUAAUAGAUAAAAGGCAGUUCAAUGUGGGUACUGGGGACAAGACGUAAAAUACAAUGAUAUGAGAGCCUAUAAAUUAGUAUGACUGUUUGCUAUGCAAGUCUGUAAAAUUAAUAACUUAAUUAAUUGUAUUUUUUUAUAAAUUCUUUAUUUUUUGUUGUGCAUAUCAUGAGUUACAUUCAACAGAGUAAUCUGCUGUGCCACAGCAGCCACAGCAUGGGUAUUGCAAACAUAAGGCAACUUGUGUGGUUAGAACAUAUGUUACGAUGUGUAUUCUGCACAUUUUAAAAAAAAGUUUGAACGUUGGUGCUUUGGUGUAUGUAUGAGAGCUGGUAUGGAUGGUUGCGUGUAUGGAUUUGGAGACAUUGAGUGGUGUGGUAAUUUAAGCAGGAGUGGUAUUAAGAAUGAAACGGAGCGGGCCGUUCAGUGUAGGGUUGUCAUUUUAUUGCAUGUGUUAUGUUUGUUGGGGUUGAGUGAACAGGCCCUUCUGUGAUGGUACCCCUAACCAAGGAGGUUGCGGACGGGGGGAGAGCUGGUAGGCGUGGAGCCAGGCACCCACCAGGUUGUGCCCUGAUGCCAGGGUUUGGAGGUCAAGGUAUGUUAGGUCCUCUGUAGGGGACUCUCGUGUAUGUGCUGUGUUGAACAUGCAGUUAGCAAUUGAAAAUAAACGUAAUAAACUAUAGUAUAGCAGAUUGCAGGCAGUUGUUUAGUCCUGGAGGUGGUCAAGUCCCAGGGUGUGUGGCCGGGCUGGCAGCUGGUAUGAACGGUGUAAUUUGGGCAGGGUUCCAGUCAUGGGUGUUCUUUCGUCUGUCGUUGGCUGUUGUGUGGGGUGGUAAGCCCAGUGCUGCGAGGAGUGUUGGGGUAUCAGCAAGCGAUGCUAUUUUGUAUACUGUCCCUUCGUGAUUUACCACGAGAAACUUGGGGGUCAUCCAUCGAUAUUUGACGCCUGCUGUCCUCAGCUGGUUUGUGAGAGGUUGGAGAGAUUUCCGCCACUGCAGGGCGGUCCUCGUGAGGUCUUGGAAGAACGUUAGGCUUGCGCCUUCAAAGAGGAGUGGUGUCUUGCCCCGCAGUACUCACCAUAUGGCGAUUUUGUCGUGGGAAUAUGAGCAGCGUAUUAUGGUGUCCUGUAUGGCGGCCGCUGGGGCCCUGGUGGACUUUGGCAGGCGAUAGGUCCCGUCAUGGGUAACUUUUCUGGCUUGGGCAGUUGGCAGAAUGGUGGCUCUCAGUCAUCGUAUGUAGUGCGGGAGCUCUUCUAGAGUCACUGUGUCCGGAAUGCCUCUUAUCUUAAGAUGGUUUCGCCUAGACUUGUCGUCCAUUGUGGCUUGGUGUAGUGAGAGUGUUUGUUGCAUGGCAUUUAGGUGUUGGAUAGCCUCCUGCACAGUGUUCAUACCUUGUUUCAGGUCUGUGAUAUCCCCUGCUGCCACACUUACUCGUUCUGCGACCUUCUGCGUGUCUGCUUCUAUGAUUGCUACAUUGGUCGCUAGUAGGUUUUUAAUUUCCCCUACCAGGUUCUGGAAAUCCCUUUGGGUGACCGGGGCUGACCCGUCCUGUGCAGCCAGUGUGUUUUGCGCUGUGCGUGGCUGUUCAGGCUGUGGAUGUGUUUCGGUCUUCGGGGGGUUCCCGGGAGUGCCCGCUGCCAUGCUGGUGCCGGGCGGUGCCAUUGUGGAUUGCGGCUGACAUUGGAGCAGGGCCCAGAUGUCAUGUGUCCCUGAUGGUGUGUGUGGUGGUGAUUUCUGGGACAGACGUCCCAUCUCAGCGGCUCGUUCAAUCUGGGUUGCGGGUCUCCCUCCUUGUGUACUCGUUGGUGUGAUGACAUCCAACAGCACCGCCAGGUCCAGGCUUUGGGUGGCGUGGUAGGCCCCGGUUUUUCGUUUCUUCCUCGGAGCCUUUGCAGCCUGGAAGAAUGGCAUAUGGCGUGCCUGGGGUGUGCUCUCGAUGUGUUUGGGUGAGUAACCCGUGCAGUUAGGCCUUUUGGUUCGAUUUUUAGGGUUUUUACGAUAGUUUUUAGCGGAGCUGGUGCGAGUUGCGUUCGCGCUGAUUCAGGCACAGGCUCCGCCCCCCGAAUUUUUAGUUUUUUGUGUUACAUUCUAAAGGCUUUGGAAUUAUUUUGUUGGUAGUUUGGUAUUAAACACAAUUCCAAUGAUGCCUGAUAUACAUAUUUAUUAACUAAUAAAUUAUCUGAAGGAAACGGAUUAAAUCUUACUUAUUAUUUUUAAUCAACGUUCCAUUUUAUCUCAACUGCAGUAAAGAGUAUCCAGUGGUACCUAGAAGCACAGUCCGGCAGAAGGUGUCCUCCAACCACAGUCCUUUCCCUUCUGAGACACGCAAUAUCACUGGGUCUUCCAACCUUAAUUCACAGUAUCAGUGUGAGAAUGGAGUGAGCAGCACAUCACAAGACCUGUUGCCCACAGCAAAUCCUUACCCUGCUCUACCCCAUGAGCCUGGCCCAAUAUAUCAUUGCAGCAAAAGGAAAGGUAAUGGAUACUUGGCGUCAUAAUAUUAUCUAUUCAUAAUUAUAUAAUAUAAGUUAUGCUCUCGGGUUUUUUACUGUCACCAAAAACUCACUUAACUCUUGUACCAAAUACACAAAUGUAAAUGCUAAACCCUCUUUCGGUAUACCUGUACUUGAUGAUCUACUAUUGGUGCUAGCUUUUAUGUAGACAGUAUACAAUAAAAAUAGAUAACUCCUCUGAUGUGUAAGUAGAUGUUAAGGUAAAAUUAACAGAUGCAUCUCACCUAAACGUGAAUACAUUAUAGGAGUGCCGAGGGGGUCAAUUCAUACAACAUACAAGAUACAGCACACUAACUUCAAAGCUAGCAAAAUGUUUUUUAAUAAAUAAAUAAAUAAAUAAUAAUUUUAUAUAUAUCCCUUGCUUUACAAGGGAACACAGUUUCUCAGAAUUGCUGUUCCCAGCACAGACUUUGAGUUCUGUUUUGUCAUAAUGUAGGCGACCCAACAGUAAAUUUUACAUUUGUGUUCAUUAGUAGGGAGUUUUAUCAUGUCUCUGCUUACUCUCAUCACACCUUUCUUUGAAACUUACCUGUAUCCUUUUAGUAAAACUUCAACUCCUGAGACACAGCCAAUACAAUACUGAUGAGUUCCAAAGACUGUGCAUUGUUUUUUUUUUUGACCUCUUGGAUCACAUCACAUUUUUUUUAAGAGUGUUCAAUUGCAGAUAUGUUGGAUGAAGUCUAAAACACAAAACCUGCCACUGCUCAUUUGCAUAUUCAGCAAGGCAUUCUAGGAGAAUUGUGGGAACAUGAGUCUCAAAAUCAUUGUGCCCAAGAACAAAAUUAUUCCAUGAUCUUCUUUGUGAAAUCUAGGUGAAGCCUAUGUAUCUCCAGUAUAGAAUCACAUCUUAUCGAGCUAUAGAGUGUCAGUUAUAUCUGCGUAUAAAGGCUUCAAGUCUCUAAAGUUAGCCACUCUACAGAAUAUGUGUAGAGUGUGCAAGCAGUUGUAGAUGGUUAGUGUGUUUGUGUAGUUAAUGAAUAAGAUAGGCCUGGCAAUUGACAGAGUAAGAAAAUAAACUAAAGGUAACUAAUUGAGUGAGAUGAGAUGUUCUGGAUGACUUGCGGGCAUGGUGUCCAAUAGUUCUAAAUAAUACUUGGUCAUAUUUUUUGGGAUAAUGAACCUGCUUUAAAAAAAGUGAUUGUUUUGUUCUCUCGCUAUAUAUUUGUUUUAAUGGUCAUUUUUCUAUUAUUUAAGGCUUACAACUUCAGAAUGGACUCUUGUGAGCUCGUAAAUGCAUUGUAUUUUAAUUUGUAUAUUGUCAAAAGUUAAAUAACUUACAGCUUGCAAACUAAAAUAUACAUAAAAAGCUUCAUAAUGUAGCAUAAUGCAGUUUAAUAUAGCUGGUGUGUAUCAGCUAGUAAGUUUUUACUUACACUAGUCUCAUUUUUUAUCUUCUGCCUACAGUAAGUGAAGAAUCAACUGAGCAUGCUUACAAAAAGCCCUACAUGGACACAUCUCCAAGUGAAGAGGAUCCUUAUUAUCGGUCUGGAUAUCAACAACCUUCAUCCUCUUCCUCCACCUCCACCUCCUUCCGCACAGAAUCUGCCCAGCGCCAAGCUUGCAUGUAUGCCAGUUCGGCACCAGCAGCCACAGAACCUGUGUCUGCUUUAGAGGACAUUUCCUGCAACAGCUGGUCUAGUGUGCCCUCUUACAGCAGUUGCACAGUAAGUAGUGGGAUGCAAUCCAUGGAGAGACUGCCCUAUCAGCAUUUCUCAGCUCAUUUCACCUCCAGCUCCCUUAUGCCCAGACUGGGAAACCAUACAGGCACACAACCUGCAGAUUCCCACUCAAUGUUUCAACACCAACCUUCUCAUCAGACCAUUGUGAGGCAAUGUGCACCUCAGUCUGGGUUACAACAAGCUUCGGCUCUCCAGUCCUCUGAAUUCAUCUACCCCCAUGCUGUGCCCCGGACCCUGUCCCCACACCAGUACCAUUCUGUCCAUGGGGUGGGUAUGGUGCCAGACUGGAGUGAUAACAGCUAACAGGGCAGAUACAGAAUAUGUAGAUGGAUUUUGAGCAAAAUGUCUAAGCACAGUCUUUUUGGGCCUUCUAAAGGUGGACAUUUGUUGAAAGGCUCACAUCAUUUGUAUGCUGGAACUUAACUUCCUGAUGACCUCAAGAGAAACAAUGAUCAAAUUCUUUCACUUUCUUCCUGUCAUACACCCCAAAGGGGUUCACAGACAAGAUUGCAAUUAAUUCCGGAUACGUAAUCUUCUCAAAAUGAAGUGGAACACUAAGAAUAAGUUUAAGAUUGCCCUGUAGAUCGGCACUUCACAUACCAGGGUUUAACCCUAAAGGAGUGUACAUGUUAAAGGGCAAGGAAGCAAAACAGUAAUGCACUUCAUGUACUCACCUGCCUGUCUCUGCCAAGAAUAUUUGGUGUUUGCAGUGUGUUACACAGUGUGAUGUAAGAGGCUGGAGGCGUCAAUAAAAAAUGUGUAGAACAUAUUGACAAUUGGAAACAAGGAGGUUUGUGUUGGAGAGGGGCAAUGCUGUAUUUAGUUCACAACACAUAGAAGCCUGUGGCAGAUGCAGUUAGUUUGGGUUCUUCUUAUUAAUGAUACAUUUACAACAGUGGAAUGGAACCAAAGAAACAUACAUAAACAAAGAGCUAAUUGCAGUACGAAAAAUAGAAUUUGAAGGCUAUACUCGUCAAAAACCUACAACAAUUUAUAUUGGCUUACGCUCCGUAACAAAUAGCUAAAAAAGUAAUUUAAUAUUUUGACAAUGGUUCCACAAUUUAUGGAAACACUUUGAAUUUCUUUAUGUUUUCUAUUAUAUUUGUUUUAAAGGAGGAAAGAUGUAUUCAUUGUCAUUUAUACCAACAAGCAACUUUGCUCUCAAAACAGUAAGCAGGUAUCAGAGAUGGCCAGAAGUGGUCUUGACCUCAAACAUCACACAAGGUCACUUGAACAUUUAUCAAGCAAAGUCACAAACACUUAUUGCACAAAGUACACUUAAUGCACAACCUAUGCCAAUGUAGCUACUUGUAUUACGUAGGAUUACCCAUUUGUAAAUCAAACAACUGCUAAACAGUACUUUAUUCAGGAUUUUAAAAUAUGAAUAAUUAGGUUUAAAGGUUAUCGUUAUCUAUAUAUGAGAAAUGAUGAAUUGUUAUCAAUCCAUUAAUGAUCAAAAUCUAUAAUCAAUGGUCAUGGUUUUCAAAAAAGCACUUUUAUGGAUAUUGGUUGUCCCUGAAUCCUGCACUUUGGAGGUCCAUGAGAGUUUAUUUGAGAACCACUAUGGAUCCAAUGAUUGUCAAUGUCAUUGCUUAUCCUUCUGUCAUUCAGAUGGUUAAACAUAUAGCUGUAUGAGCAGUGCAAGGUGCACUUGUUACACCGAGUACAUUGUGUAUCAAGUACUUUCAUACCACAUCACCUGUCAGAACUGUGGGUGUUUGAGUAGUGCUAGUUAUAGGACUGAUAACUAUUUUGGCUGAGUUGAUAUUAACUAAUAACCAAUCUCAUAUUUAUUUUCUCCCCAAAGUAAUAACAACACAGGUAUAUUAGGUUAGCUGAUAGAUUCCUUAUUUGGCUUUGGCCUCAAAAGUAUGUUAGACUCCAAGAAACAUCACAGCAAAUCAAUCGAAACAGAUAUUUGUUUAAAUCUACAUGUUACACAGUGACCUGUUUUGGGAUACACAAAAUGUGAAACAUUAUCUUUGAAGACACAUUUGUGAAAAAAAGGUCUCAUACUUAUUGCAAACACCAGCAGAAACCUUUAUGCCCAUGAAAACAACAUGAUAUUAAGUUUGCAUAGAUACAAUCCUAGGGCAACACUAUUGGGGUCUCAGGGAAAAAUGAGUGGUGGUUUCAUGGAUCUCAUGAGUAGGGGAUACUUUUGCUCCUCACUCUCUGACCCAUGUGUGGCACACUAGGGCUAAUAUUUAAAAGCUAGGGACUCGAGACUGUUUCCUUGUUCAUUACCCCAUUUGCUGGAAAUGGGAUUAAAGAUAUCUCUUUGGCCAUUCCUACUCCACAUGAGACAUUACACGGAGGAGCUUUGAUUUGUAGCUUUCCUCUGUCUGUUCCAUACUCCAUUUAAUGAGAUUGGGAGAUCCACGUAAAAGAAGGGCCAAUAAAUAAAUUAGACCAUUAAAUGUGCAUAUGCCAUGGUGAUACUCAGUUCAAUUAAAUGUACUCCUCUUCCCACCUAAUUGUAUAAUGCCAGCAAUGUCCAAUCUAUCUAUAGCACCAUCAACUUUAAAAUCUCCUGACCAUAGUAAUUUGCAUUCAUUAAAGUAACAAUAUAGUUUAAAAGUCAGACACAGAAAAACAAGCCCAUAGGUUGACUAGCCACCCAUAAUACUGUACUUUGUGGGGGGAAAAGUGAACUGGCAACUAGUAAUGCCACAAGUAUUGGGCACCCCUUGACAUUACACUUUUGUGAUGGGCAUACAUUAAGGAUUAUAUAUAUAUAUAUAUGUACAUUUUGGCAACCAGGAGAUUGGAAGCUCUACUAGCAUAAUUAUUAGCUACCAUUCCACAGUCCAUUGUGAUGGUGAGGGCGACAGUUUUUUUUGUUGGUUAUUAAGGGGCCUUGGGGACUCUUGCACGUUUAAUCAGAUCCUAUUUCACAAAUCAGAAGAAGAAGAGAAAGGAGGACUUCCGAGAAACCCCACUCUUUAUAUUACUUAACCCACUGCAUGUUUUUAGAGGGAAGAAGAAAGAUGGCUGCCCAUGGGAUGGAUGAUGGAGUGUGUACGUGAAAACAGUUUUGGGCCACUGCAAUUAAUUUUGGGGAAACAGUUAUAUUUCAGUGAUAUUACCUGGAAAAUGCACAGUGCAAUUAAUCACAUUUGUUUAUGCAUUUUGCCACCUAGAUAUAUUCCUGAUGUCUAUCUCACCAUAUCACAAUAUUUGACACAUUUCAACUAUUCAUUAAACCCCCCUAUCUUCCGUGAACUUGCCUCACAUGAUACUGAAGCACUAGAUCUCUGCUAUGCCCCUCUCCACACACACAGAAUACUAGAUUUCUUGACUGUUGUGUUCUUGACAAUGUUAUAUAAUAAAAGAUAAUAUAUUUUUCCUGUGUGGUCUUUCUGUGAAAUAUUCUCUAUAGAUGCUUCUUCCUUUUUAUGCUGCAAUGCACUUUUUUUAACUUGUAAUAAUUCCUCCAGAAUUCCUUUUCAACAGUGUUAACAUAUGAAUUUCAACAGCGUUUGAAAUUUAUCUUAUUAAUAGAAACUGUUCUUUAAAUAAAUAUAUGUAUAUAGUUAUAAAUCAUGCUUAGUGAACUAUAGUAAACAUGGACCAGGCUCAAUUCAAUGGAUUAAUAUAUAAUGCUAAUGUAUAUAAACUCACUAAAGUGUAAAGUGUUGAUUUGAAUCAUCAUACGCAUCCGUAUAUUUAGUGUCCUGGAUACAGUGUACUGAUAGUGAAU